GGAUCUGACUCAUGAUCUGCUACUUCUAUCAGCCCACCUCCGUAAUUUGAAGCAAUAACAGUCCAGUAUUACCAUGUCUGGUAAAAAUCAAGAGUAACUCAAGUUGAGAUGAGGAGAUAGUAAGGGUCUACAGUGGGAGGUAUAAAGCACAGGCUGUGAGAAACCAGAUGAGACCACCUCAGACACCUCAGUCAUGUUUUCCUGACACAGAAAUCAGAAAUGUUUUUGUUAAUCCGAUGCUCUGACUUGUUGAGAAGCACCACACACCACAUAUUUCCACAAUCUGGUGAGAGCAUUUAUCAGUAAACAUCUAAUGGGACAAAUAUGAAGCAUGUGCCUGUGUGUCAUCCAUCAUAUCAUGUGGUCUGACUGUAAGUCGCUCUUUUUCUUCAGCGCUGUUACUAUAUUUAUUCUAGCUCAAUCUGCAUUCACAUACUCACAUAAAUCCAAUAAAUAGCCUAGUCCUUGUUUUAACUUUCACCUUCUCUGUAAGUGUGUUUCAGGAAGAAAUCAGGUGUGUGUCUCUCUUUGGUAAGACAUUCUUAUCUCUGGGUUUUAUCAAGCGAAUAAUCUCAAAGUUGUUUCAUCUUAAUGUUGAUGUACAAACAAACUGGCGCUUCGAGGCAAAAUGCACCAACAGCUGACACAGACAGAUGUUAACACAGUAGCAUCUUCCUGAUGGAGUCUUGACCUUGAUUUCGUCAUAAGCUUUCAUUGCAAUUAACUGACAUUACCAGCUGUCAUCAUGAGCCUUCAGAUGCAGAUCAAUUUGAAUACAUUAGUCUGAAGGGAAUUUCCAACAAUGGGGCUAAAACCUGAUUACUUUUUUUCUUAACAAGUGAUGGUUCAGCACCAGGACUUGUGAGGAAAAGUCUUCUUCUGACGUUUCACAAAAUAGGAGAAAGUAUUGUUGUCACAUGAGGGCAAUCCUGCAUCUGCCCAUAGGUGUCAGGAGUUGAGGCUAUAGCCUGAUGGCUUUAAAGACUCAUCUGAUUCAGUAAUUAGAUGAUGCAAAGCUGUAUUAAAGAGCAACAGAGUUCAUACUUUGAUAGGACAAAAUCUCAAAGCAUAGGUUUACAAAGGAAACCCCCCUUGGUAAUUUAUAUGCAGUUUCAGGUGCAGAAAUCAAACAACAAAUACAAGGAAAAAUUAUAAUUAUCUGUCAAAGAAAUGACUAGUGGUAGCAGCAGACUCUUCGUCAUAAGAUGCAACAGCCUGGAGGAACUGAACAAAUUUUGUGUUAUUUUGAAACCACUGAGAGACUCAUUCAGACUCGUAAUUGCGCUGUCACACCAACAGCAGACCUGAAUAUUGUCUGUGCUGUCUGACAGAGUCAUAACAAAGUUGUCACAUAUUUUCAUUCUAACUGGAAACUCCUUAACACAAUUUAUCUAUCCUGUUUUAUAUGCAAAGUGGUACACUGAGGCGGAAGCUUUACAGGCCAAAAAGUAACUAAGGGAAACAGCUGAAGGAAGGGAAGCCUCAUUUACACACUUGACUUCUUUAGACCGAUACAAAAUACAUAAGUCAUAAAUCUAGCAUAGCCAUCAUCACUGUCUUUACUGGACUACAUCAGUUUGACCAUUUGGCAGUAGCAGGGGGGAAGUGUAGGUCAAGGGCCAGCAUGUGAGACUAAAAGAUUUGCUAUGGAGUAUCAUCGCUGGCUCCAACCCACAUUCCUCCACCUCUGUGGACUCCUAACCUCCUCACCUCCAUCUCCUCGUCGUGUAGCAGUCAGCCACUACAUCCCUCCAUCACUCUCAAACUCCCACCCUCCUGUCAGAACGAUGUAUCCGUUACACCAUUUCCAUCCAAACCGCAAAUGACAUUUAUGACUCACUGAUUUCACAGUGAAACAGCUUAACUGAACUUUUCACCAAAACAAUACACCUCCAGGAAAAACUGAUCCAGAGGAGAACAUGAGUUAAUCUCCAGGCUGUUAAUGUGGGAACACAUGAGUGUGGGAAAAAAAAAGUUAUUCAGAUGCAGAAUCCAAGAUUUCCUAAAAUGUAAUGUAAAGUGGUUUUCCAUUUUAUGUCUAACUUUGUAAUCGCAGAUAGAAACAGUGUGCUGGUAGGAGAGAGAGAGUGACAUUUGCAAAGCUGGCAAAGCGUGAACAGUCACUAUUUUCCCACUGCACUUCUCAGGGCUGUAUCUUAAUUAUUCAUUUUGUGCCAGUAUGGAUUCAAAAGCACAACAAAAAAGUAGUUACUAAGUGAAAAAAAAAAAAACUUUUAUCCGGGCACAGGCUUUAGCUGACCCAGGAUGUUGGAUAAUAUUGUGGUCUGCCACACACAUUAGUUAAACUUGUUUCUGGUUAAUCAGCUUAUAUUUAAGUAAGAAACAAAUUAAUGCACUAAGAUAGGACAUACAGCAAUGAGAACAAUCAUACUAAGUCCAUCUAAGGUUAGAAGUAGAGUCUACAGCUGUUAGAUAAUGUUAUAACCGGCUGUGGUAAAUGCUUGAUUCUGAUUUUGUCAAAACCCCAUAACAUCAGAUCAAUAUGUGGAACAAGAGUCUGGCACAUUUCACCCUUGCUUGUUGACCCUGUGGCAAAAACAGCAGAUUACAUCCUAGGCCGGGAGAUGAGGCACAGAUGCAAAAACAGCUUGAGGAGCUUCUUGUAUUGGAGAUGGUUCAGGCCUCACUAUUUCCUUAUAAGGAAAAGUGGAGCAAACUUCUGUCCUGCAAUCCAGGCAAUAGUGGCAAUGCUGGUAAGUACAUCUCUAAUUUUCCAGUCCUAACGGGUAACUUGAACCACGAGGAGUAGAGAUAUCAGCCAGAAGUUUGAAGGCCAAAAUGUAGUGUAUAGUCUGCAAAAUACCCAACUGUCACAAUAGCCCAUAAAGAUAGUAAACAAGUUAUGGUUAUAUAUCUAGAACAACAUAUAAACACUAGGGGAGCCCUACGUAACUAGUCAGUUGUGGACGUUAUCAUUAAACUCUAUAUUAAUAAUUUUCCAACUUUCUCUAAACCACAAGAGGACGCUACACUGCAACAAUAGGCUGGGUGCUUCUUUCCACUGUCCAAAACUGAAAACCAGCAACGCCUGGCCAAGCAUCCUGCCAAACAGAUCUAACAGAAUAGUCAAGUGACAAUGGCCAAGCGCUCUAAGAGCACCCCUAAACUGAGGCUGUAGUCCUUGCCUAGAAGUUACUGGUUUGACCCUAUGCCACGACCCUUUACUGCGUGUCUUCCCCCACUCUCUCCUCCCCACAUUUCCUGUCUUUCUUCAGUUUUCCUAGCCAACAAAAAUGCUCAAAAACACAAGUUAAAAAAAAAAGAAAAAAUGAACGGGGUCAUACUGCGUGCUCUACCUUCAAAUGCAGGAUGAAGUAAGUGGAUUAUACUGUAUACUGCACCUGAUAGGCUGUUUCGAAUCCAGCAUUUAUCUUCCAGUUUAAAUCAAAAUCACUAAAUGCAGUAAAACUUGAAGUAAGAGCAUUUUCAUGUUGAAAUAAGGUUCUCCUGAAAACUCUAUCAGAUUAUCAGGAGUCAGUCUGCAUAUGAUAGCCAUUUUAGCAAUCAUACAAUACACAUUCCAUACAAGGUUCAACACUAAAAAGUAAUGAUGAAUAAUACUUUUUGUUACUCCAGCACUUGAGAGGGACUCUGCUCAGCUAAUUGUGGGGUAUUGGAGUCCCAUCAGCAGAAGAAAAAACGUGUUGUAAUCUGUCCAGGACCAAAUAGGUGGUUUCUGUGUGAAAAUACAUCUGUUACAAAUAUAGAUGAUUUGACUUCAGGUUGAUGUUUGGACCACAGUGAAUACAAAAGGGUUUUACCGUGCUUAACCACUGUUUAAUCCGCCCCUCACUUGGCAACAACAGGGAACACACACAGAGAAACACACUCACACAGGGGGUGGAAAGUGGGGCAUACCUGUCACACUCCUUGAGUAUCAAGGUCAGAGAAGUAUUACUUUUGCCACCUCGGCAACGCCUGUCAAAAUACAGGGACACAAACACUAUCACAACUCUUCCAAAUGUAGGCAUUUUUAUGACACUAAGGACACGAGGGUCAGGCAGGUUGGGCCUUCCCAGGGUGCAAUGCUUGGUUGGUGGCCCGUCACGGUAACAGGAUCAGCUGUUGUCUUUGUGGGGGGCAAUGGGAAGGAGGAUCAGGCCUAGACCAAACUACAAGCUGCCCUGUCUGCACUUUGGGCAGCAUGACAUACAGAUCAAGUGUUGAUAAUGACUCUCGGCUUUCAGCAGACAAUUUACACACAUUCCUUGGGCUGUAUGGGAUUAACAGCUCUCAGAGCAGCCUCCUACAUAUCUGUUCAUCCUCCUUGGGGUUCACCCUGUCCUGGGACAUCCUGGCCAAGGAAAGAGAAAAAAGCCUGGCAGCACAGAGAAUCUCAUCUUUCCCACCAGCUAACACCUUUCCAGAUUUCUCCAUCCAACAUCCCACACACCAACUCUCACUACAGGAAUCCGCUAAUCUGCCCUCCCUCCUUUUCCUCCUCCUCCUCCUCCUCCUUCUUCUUCUUUUCCUCCAGGAAUUACAAAUGAGUCAUCUUGAUCAAAUAAAAUGACUGCCAAGGGAGAGAAACUUGAUUCUGUUCAUAAAAUACAAACUGUGCAGAAAACCAAGCAGCAAGUUUGGAACAAAAGUCUGAAUAUCUUGACAUUAACUCAUUGCUACAUCUGUACAUGGCGCAUGGAGAAUAAAGGCAAAUUUUACUCUAUCUCUUCAAUAUUGCCUUUGUUUAGUCAGCCUGACCUCUGUGUUAUCACAUUUGCACGCGCCCCUGCCCUUAUGAGCCUGAGAGUGAAUUGUUUAUACUGUAUUUUCACUCCUGGCCUCAGUUUGGCCCCGCUGAUUAUGAAGGAGCCUAAACAGGAGGCUCUGAUACUCAGUCAAUGUCAUGCCCUGGAGUGUGUGGAGCCAAAAAGGAGAUAAAUACACUAAAAUGACCUCCGAAUAUAAGCCAAAUGUUGAUUUCUCUUCAUAAGAUUCAUAUUUAAGAAGGUGCAGGUUACAAAAGCAAAAGUUAAAAAUAACUAUCUGACUACAUCCUCAUAUUAACUUGGUAUGUGGGUCAUUUUUCUCAGCCUCUGUCUGUUCCCUGAGAACCUCCGGAUGGAUUAAACCCACAAACAGGAUCAAAAAACUUCCUUUUGUGGACCUCCAGGGGAUGUGACAGUCUCACAUCCUGAAUAUUGAGCUACUCUGAUUUUAUUGGUGUGAUUUGAUCGGUAACAAGAUGUUCAACCAGAUAGACACCUCUUCACCCCAACACUUUAGUUUCCAGAUGUCCAGGCGGUGGAUGAAAGUUGCUUUUGCUUUUUCGUUUAACCUGAUAUGUUGUCUCUUGACAUCAUUACUUUUAUCCCACGCAGCUCUAUGAAUCAAAGCUCUUUUUGAGUGAAUAAAAUCAUGGUUUAAAACAUCUAGGGACAAACAGACAUCCAAAAAUCUUUUUGUACUGCUCUGAUACUUUGAGGAUUUGAACAAAUAAAACUGAAUGCCAGCACUCAACAUUAUCUGGGGCAUAAACUUGAAACAAGUAUCCUAAAAAGAUAUCACAGCUGGAAGAAGACCCCUAAAGCUAACCCCAAAGCUGAAGAAACCCUCCACAUGAUGACUCCAGGCUCCCUUGUGAGGUGUUCAUUUUCUCUGGAAGAUCACACAUUGCUCUAUUGUGCAAUAGUGGCCUGAUCUCCUUCAUCUCCACACUUGAUACAAUACACUUAUGUUUCCUCCCCCUCACCUGGAUUUCUGCUCUCUUGAGGAAGAGGACUCUCCGCCCACCUUUCAAAAUAAAACACGUGACGAGCCCCUCAGCAGAACAAGACCACUUUUUUGGGUAUAAUCCAGCAAGCAGUAAAAUGAAAAGGGAACGCAACACAACUUCUGAUGUUUACUAUAUCACAAAUUUAAACAUUACCUACUUGUGUAGCUGGAACUGUUCAAGUUGUAAAUUCAUAUUGUGGAGGCACCAAGUCUAGCUGGCAUAAACGCAGCCUGAUAAAAGUUUACUGACUGAAAACUUGGCUUGACAAAACCACUAGAGCAUCACUAUAUAGUAAAUCUAGGUCUUGUUGCAUGACCUUACAAUAAUACACUGAGUUCCAGUCUGUGAUGUUACUUUCUGGAAAAUGAGAGCUUCUUAUUCAAUAGUCUACAUACCAAGAAGAACACAGGCUAACAGGGAAGUCAGAUAAUCUGAUGACUGGAAAAGAACAGUCAUAUAAACAGUUUUAAACAUCAUCUCCUCUGGUUAUCAGUGGAAGCAGAUCAUGGGAUCAUAAGAGAGUACAAGUUUUGUCCACUCCAAUCUUGAUGCUUGCAGUAGAAAUUUACUCAAAUACCUAAAUCUAUCAGAUGACUUGCAGUUUAUUUGAUAACCUAAACAUAUCAGUGAUAAGCAAAUGAGUUAUCUCGCCAUACCACAAGCAAACACACACAUUUAGAAACUGAAGCUACAGUGGGCACUGUGCCCCACCCUCCCUCCCUUCCUCUCUCUUUCUCUCUCUCUCUCUCUCUUGCAGAAGUGUGGGACGCAGAACUGAGAGCAGACUCAACUGAGACUAUUCAGAAGUGCUGUGAAGGAGAGCUGUCUAGAUGAGAAAACACACAACAUAACUCAUAAUAGAGACUGCACAAAUUGUUAAAACUGAUAAAUCUGGUUAGGGAAACGCCACUUCUGUUACAUUUAAACACACAGAAUGUCUGUCACCCAAUAAAGUAAUAUUAUGGAGUAAUGUUUUGAUUAAAUUAAGUUAAAACUGUUCAUCUGGGCUGUAGCCUUAGUUGUGCGUAAUGUUGCCGAGUUCCAGUCCAAACAGAUCAUCCUUUACGCGCACAUUAACUCCAUUUUAAAGACCAAAAACGGUUAAACUUCACAUUUUAAGAUAGAAAGAGCUUCAUCUGCUUACCUCAGCCGCUGUCAGGUCUACGCUGCAGUAGAGAGCCGCCAGCAGGAACAGGGUGCCGCACGGUAGCAGCAUCUUGGCGCUGCGCUUGGAGACUUGAGGCGCAACAGUGCAGAGUGCCUGCUAACAACCACCUGUUAGCCGCUUUUUGUCGUUUAUCUUCAGGCUAAUUCACGGUUUUAUCAGCAGAGCUCGGGCAGCACGUUUGGCUGCAUCUUUGUCCGAGACGAUGUGAGGUUCUCAUCAAUGCAAGUUAGUCUUGUUUCUUCUGCACCACACCCCCCUCCCCAAAACGACCACCCUCACCCAUGCAAACGGGCUCAACCCUGAUGUUACAAACACUUUGAGAUUUCUCAGUAAGGAGAGGGACUACUCCACUCAGUUUGCUGUUUUUGUGAGAAUAUUUCAGGAGGUUUUGGUGCCACAGGUGUUUGCUCCGAAACUUUUGCAGGUCGGGAGUCCGCGCGCAUCUCCUACCUCGUGACAACUCUGUCCUUCUUCCCAGAGCUGACCCGAGGUUACGGUAAGUAUUAGAGGCAACUUAAUCAAUAUAAUGAGGGAAUACUAAAGGAAACUUAUUUAAAAACUCGCUCUUAUUGCUUCUUGGUGGUUAUAGUGAACAGUGAGUAGCCCACGCUGUCAGAGUUCACGUUUCCUGGUAGAAAUGGUGCAAAUAAUUCAACUGUGCUUCUUUUGAAAUUAGCAAAUGCAUGAAACAUGUCGACUCAUGUGAAUGAUUAUCGAUCAUUGUCGGUAUUGGUGUUCCUAAGGUCGGACAGUCAUGGUCUUAAAGUGUUGCUAAAAGUUUGCAAGUGGAAGUGGAACUGAAGUUUUGCGGUACGCUUGAGUCGGACCAUGCCAGCACAACACAGCAGAACACUGCAGACUCUGAGGUGAGAGGGAAAUGAGCUUAUUUCACUGCUUAACAUCACUACAACACUGAUUCAUUAAGCUAUCAGUGAUUUCAACAACGCUGUCACAAUUGUCAUUGACUACAGGCUGCUGCUCCUGUGUCUCUCCAUUGCCAUCCUCGCCUCUGGAGUGAACGCGGUAAGUGUGUUUACCUCUUACUUGUUGCUUAAAUGCAGGCAAACUGCACUCUGUGUCACUGAGAGUAGAAUAUGUGACCGAAAAUGUCUCCAGGCUUGGUUCGCUGCUCUCAUGGCUACUCGGCAGGCACAUGCAGACCGUGGGAGUGUCUGCUUUGGGGUGUUUCUCCACAUGAGUAGGAGGGUCUCUGGCUCUCUGUGCAUACAGCUACAUAGCAGCAAAGCUAAGAAGGGGUUGACUGUGAAGUGAGUCAUGGUGGAAGUUUCUAGUUGAAGUGAGGACAUUUUUUUUUUUUGCAUAUCAACUGAAAAAAUAGUAGGGUCCCAUGCAAGGCUUCAUUAUACUAAGUUUAACUUAACCCAUGAUUGAUGGUGUUGUGAUGGCGUCUGCAGGAACCCCCUAAGUAAAUCUUUACUGACCACAGAAUUGCUAUGGUGUGCUCAUGUUACAACAGCACACAAGUUAGUUAAGACUAGGGCUGGGCGAUAUGGGAAAAAGUUUAUCACAAUAUGUUUUUUUCAUAUCAGUCAAUAUUGAUAUAUAUCAAGAUAUAAAAAAAUGAAAUAUAACAGUGCUUGUUGGUAGCAUGUCUUUUGCAAUACAAUAGGCUAUUACAUCUGUGAGCUCUUUCAGUCUCUUCGACGUUUUGUCGUAAGGCGUUGCACUAGAGAAUGCGGACUGAAUGGUCGGCUGUUUCGGCUGCACAGGCCCCUUUUGCAUUGCCCAUGCUCUGCCAUGUGGCACUGCUCCAGGUGGUGAACAAGCUUUAAGGUAUUCCCCAACUUUGCGAGAGCAUGUACUCGACAUAAUUUGCAGUGCACAUCACUCUGCUUCAUGUCCGACCACAAAAAAACAAAAGACCUCCACACCACAGACAUUUUCAGUGUUGUCGAUGAUAUCGUCAUCGGUUGAGCCUUCAUCUGCAUUUCUACCAGGGGUAGCACUCAUUUUCUUUUUUUCUCACUGACAGUGCUGUUGGCUUCACAUGUUAAUGUUCUAUGGUUGCGUGUAGCUGCAGCCUGCUACUACACAGUUGUUGGCUACUUGGUUCUAAUUCAGCACAUGAUUGGUUCAGCACAAAGCUGACCUGGAGCAACUCCCCCUUUUCAUUGGCUACUUGUAUAGUCAACAAAAACAUGUCAGAAUGCCGACUAUCGAAAAGGAUAUUGACCAUGUUUUAUAUUGAUAUUGAGGGAACUUAAUUUUCGACAUAUAUUGUUAUCGUUUUAUCGCCCAGCCCUAGAUAAGACUGAGUGUCUUAAGUAAUGCCAACUGAAAGCAGACGCGACAAGAGUCCGAACUGAUUUUUACCUUGAGCAUCAAUUAGGGGGAAUUAUCCUGUUUCUGAGACAAUACGAUCAAAGCAAUCAUUAGCCGGGAGUUUAAAUCCACAUGACAUUUUAACCCUUUCAUGCAUGAAUUAUGAUAUAUUGAGUUAAAAAAUUCUUACUAUGUGUUUUUAUUCAAUAUAAGGCAUAUAAAUAAUAUUGCAGUUGGAAUUUUUUUUUUACCUGUUUCUGCUAAGUUUUUAGUGACAUGUCCACUACAGCGGACAACAUGCAUUUGGUCGACAUUACAGAAAAUGAAUUGUAUUAAUACAAAUAAUAGAACCCCACCCCAAAAAGGAGUCAAAACAAUUAGAUUCACAUUUUAAAACAUUUAAAUUCUGUUUAAAUGCACAUUACAAAACAUGGCUUGUGUCAAACAACAGCAACAACAACUGUCAUCUGUGUCAAACGAACUGAAACCAUGAGCCUAAUUAGGCUUCAGGCCAGGUGCUACAACUUCAGCCAGCACACUCAAAGCAAAAACAAAUGCCAUAGAUUGGAUCAUUCAUGAAAAUAAUAAUUACAAUAAUAAACAAAAGAAAUAGUGACUUAGUGACUAUCCAAACACAUUCAGUUGUCGAUGCCCUGUACUACAUUAGUUCACAUUUGAAAAGAAGGCACACAGUGAUAUUGCAUCGCUGGACGAUGGCAGUUCCUCUACAUUUCUGUACUUCCUCUGGUCCCUCUCUGUGUGUGAACCCUGCAUAUAAUAAAUAACAUAAUGUGAAAAAUAUUGCACAACCAAUCAAUCUUUCUUUCUAUUUAUCUUAUAUAUGUAUAUAUAUUUUUUCCAUUGUUUUUAUAAUAUUUUGUGCAUGCACUGUUUGUAGUGUGUGUGUGUGUGUGUGUGUGUGUGUGUGUGUGUGUGUGUGUGUGUGUGUGUUACAAUGCGUGCACAAAAUAUAUUUUUGCAAAAAAUGUUUUACAAACAUCGCAAAACUUGCACAAAGGCUGCACAAAAUACAAUAUAUACUAUGCAUGCACAAAAUAUAAAAUACAUGCACAACAUUAAUUUUUUGAUACAUACAAUACAGGUUACCUUUUAAUAACAUAAAAUGGUUGGUUUUAACUGAAAAGGUAAGCUUGAAAUCAAGCAUUUUGCAGAGAUAAGGAGUUACACCAUUUGCAUGUAUUGUAGUAGAAAUAGUAUAAGUCAUGCAUGCUGUCCACCGUAGUGGACAAAUGGAAAAUUCCAAUUUCCUCAGAACAUAAAAGCAAUGCAUGGAAUUUUUUGCAACUAUAAUAAUUAUUAGAUGUUACUUUAUCCCAAAAUAUUUUUUUUACCUGCAGGACUCUGCUUUUAUAAAAGGAAGCAGUGGAAAUCCCAGAGGUGGAGGGUCUGUUCUCAGCAGAGGCAGCCAUCUUGAAUGUUGACGUGUUUUUUCUGCAGUUGCAACACAUGGCCAGAUGGCACCAGUGUUGGACUCAUUUUCCAGGGUCUACUGUAGUGGCUAACAUGCAUUUGUAACAUCAAACCUCUAUUUUUAUAAUAGAAAAUGACCUUUGAAGAUUUGUCCACUGUAGUGACCGUUAUACGUGAAAGGGUUAAAGAUCAAUUGCAGCUAAAAAAUAGAAUUUAACAGUAUUUAAAGACAAAUCAAGUUGCUAUCUUAUUUUUAAAUGGAGUUUAUUCUUCUGUUGCCAACCCGCUCCUGCAGCUUAGUCAGGAAGCUGUGGAAAGAGACACAAAGAGGGAUUUUCUUCUUAAGCAGAUAAUUCCCUCAAGAAAACGGCCUAAUUUAGGCCUUUCUUAUCAUGUGUUUUUGAAUCACUGACUAUUAAAGGCUUAAGGCUGUAACUCUGUGCGGUAAGUAGCUAAAGCAGAGCGGUGACGUUUUGCCCCCCAGUCAAAUUUAAACCUAAAAACAACAACUUAAAAAAAGGUUAAAGAUCACUGCAGAUGUCUUUAAAUCCCUGAGCAUGAUUCUAACCUUACUUCAUCUAUUGUUCUUUUAGUCGGCCCAAAGGUCUGUAGAAACUUUAUGUCUACUCAGAUAUCAUAUAAGGGACAUUUUUUCUACAAAAAGAACAUUUAAAUGGGCCCAAGUGACCGCCAAUAAAACUUGUUUUACUACCAAUCCUCUCUCUGUUUUUUUAAAAGCAUAAAAAUAUAGUUUUGAUAGACACACGACUCUGAGUCCAUGUCUGUCCUGUGUUUCUCUGCAUGUUUACUGCACAGGAGUAUGUUUUUCUUCAUUGCAGCUUGUUCGGGAUGUCAGAUGUUCAAGGCAUUUAAUAUCAUACCUAAGGCUUUCAGAUGAAAAGUUACUUUCUUGGAUCGGAUAAAAAGAACCUUUGUCCCUUGUUUUUAUCAGAUUUGCUCAGGCCUCGAUUAAAAGCGUGUGACACAGCAGAGCUCCUCUGUUUAUUGUGCAGCUCAGCUUGAAAUGGAUGAUGCUGGAAGACAGCAGUUUUAUUUUAGUUUUGGCACCGUCCAUGCGCUUUGGGCAGGCAAGUUUAUAGUCAAAUUAAGAAACAGCUCACAUUGAUUAUACAAAUAGGCCGACUUCAAAACAAAAGAGCUUUAGUUUCUGGGUCUGACGUAUUAAAGCAUCUGACUUCAGCUGAAAUCUCCAACCAUGUUGUCCAAAGAAGCUGUUAAAAGGACAAUAGAGAAUCAGCCAAAUGUUGUAGGUAAUGAGGCGUUAGAAGAGUUCAUUAUACUAGUUUAUAGACUGAACAAAACAAUCACCAACAGAGCGUCACUCUGAAGGUUCCCAUCCAACCCAGUUUCUCAACCUUAACCUUGUGCUUCGAAUAUGUUUCUGUUUAAUAUCAAUUCCAAAUUCAACCCGUGGGACUCGGUCUAUUAUUCGAACCAGACCCUUUCCUCUGUUUUCCACAACUUUUCCCACCAUCAGUCUCUGUGUUACAUUUUUGUCCUUCCCCCUUUUUUGAAAACAUAAAUCUCAAGAUAUUUUGCAUGCAACUUUAAUUGGUUAAUUUCACAAUUUUAACAUUUUUCCUCUUGUGUAAACAUAAGGAAUUCCACAGGGUGGGAUGUGACUCACUGUGAUAUCACGGUGAGUUGCAAGAGCCUCUAUGAUUGAAACCAUUGGGCAUGUUAUGCUUGUAUAGUAUUGUGAGUUGUCAAAUUACGUCAGAAGACAAAUGUUUUGUUGCAAACUGCUACGCUGGAAGGUGGGGUGGAGAUGGAGACGGUGGCACAUAUUUUAAAAUUUCCACUCUUCUCUCUUUUUUUACUUGUGUUGUACUCGGUUGUGAAAACAUGGAAAUCAGUAAUGGAGUAUGAUCAAGAAAUAGAUGAUGUUAUGUGUGGGAAAAAAAAGAGCAUCAAGAGAAAGUUCAAACUCUGGCCCCUCUCCUGAUUGACACAGCUGAAAAAUAAUCAUAGGACCUGGGUGGACUUUACACUUUUUGCUUUAUAAAAUAGACAAUUUGUCAGACAGAAUUUCCCUGAUUUUAGCAUAAGCGGUAAAAUGGUUUUCAACGAUGGCGGGGUCGUCUGACGAAGAUGUUGACAUGGCCUCCCACCUAAAGGCCUCACUGUUCCUUAAGUUCAUCUGGAUCAUUAGCAAAAAAAGGAAUUAGGCUCUACUGUAAAAUCUGGAAUAUAAGUCGCACAGGUAUAUGGUCCACUUCAUUCAGCAAUGUACGGUUUCUGUGCAGCUGUGUAGCUCUUUCUAGUAUUCUCUAUUUUUGCUUUGCCACUGGCUCCAGGCAAUGCAGUUUAGCACGGCCUAUGGUAGCGUUGUUAACUGUGAAGCACAGACCCAUUUCCUUUGACAAAGUCACAGAAACUCGCACCAUCCUCCGAUCACUUGUCUUACAUGAGUGGUCUUUUCAAUCAAACCAGCAACCCACAAGUGUUCUUCCAUUUUCAUUACACACAUGAUGAUGACCUAAUUACAGAGCAGAUUUUUGCAGUUUGAUGUCUUUAGCUUACUCCAUUUCACUAAAUCCAGCCUGCAUUGUCACAUAACUCACGUAUAAUCUGUUUUAUGUGUUCUUCUAUAUGAGACCCAUCACAAUGGUAUGCAUGCUCUACAGCAAAGCUGUUGAUGGAGGCUCCCAGCAACUAGACCAUGAAUAUAAAUAUUAGAUGUUUUGACUAUGAUUUUUUUUUCCUUUCACUUUCGCUAGUCACCUCCACUUGACUUUAAGUUUCUACUUUGCAGAGGAUGCCUUCUGUAUUUUGAUUGUUAAUUCCUAAUUGAGUAUUCAAAUUGGACUAUUUGGUUCAUUAGAGCAAAAUUGUGAUUUUUUGCUUGGUUGCUUGUACAUCUACUCUCCACACACACUCACAAACCCUGCACACAUAUAGCGUUUGUCUAUGUCCGUUGGGGGGAGGAAGGAAGGCUCUUGAGGCAGUAAUGUUAACAGGAUGUUUUGUAUGGGAGCCUGUGAGAGGCUUUGAUUCUCGAGUGUUUGGGAAUAUAUUUCAAGAUGUGCCUCAGCACGAUGCAAUGAGGGGGACGAUGCUGGAAGAGAGGGUCUGAAGUUGUGGGAAUUUGGCCUGAAACGUUGGCUACAGAUCCCCACUGUACCUGGAACCCCAGCUACAACAUCUGCUUUAGCAAUUACCCUCUUUCCAUCUAAGUGGAUGAUUGUGAUAAAUGUUGUGUAUGCAUGUGACUUUUUGGCAUCGCAACCUUGUGGCUAAACUAUGUCAAGCUGUGUAUUUUAUAAAUAUGCAUGAGAGAAUAGGAAUAACAUACAAAUAAUGGAAAAGCAGUUGAUGUUGGAUACGCAGGCAUGCAGCUCACUGGGGAAAGUUUGGGGUCACCCCCAAUGGAAAGCCGGCACGUGACUGACCUCUCCGAUGUGAUUGUUUUAUGGGGGAGGAAGGCGUGCGUUCGCAGCAAGAGGAAGAUGUCUGCCUGUGAUAAGGAUGGAAAAACGGUCAGCGCAUCUCCUGCCAAAAUAACGCCUGUGAUAUAGAGAGUGCCUGGAUGUAACAAUCAGGGGAAGAGCCCAUUGUGCUGUGCUGCAGGAAGCUGUUGCAGCCACGGAUGAGAAGUCCAUGUGUGGGGUUUCCCUGUCACUGCUGUGUGUUGGACUGACGUGAGAGUGGCAUGCAUUUUUGUCUGAGGCGUUGUCCUCACUUUAGAGAUAGACACCUCUGACCUUGUGCAGUUGUGUGCAGCAAAUGUGGAAAAAGGUUGGCACGUGUAUGCAUGCACGCACACACACACACAAAUGGAUUUACAGUGUGUGUGUCUUUUGUUUUCUUAACUAUUGUUCCCUCAAGAAUGGCUGUUUUCUGACUUUGUUGGUGCUGAUUAUUUGAUUAGUCUCUGUGGUUCAGCAUUGUUGCGGUGAGGAAGAGGCCUGGUGAGCUUGGCCGUUUGCCUCCAUUGCUGUAAAAAUGACCUCCUUAAACAAGCAUGCAUGUGCAGUUAAGAACGCUGUUGAAAGAGAGUUUUGAUAAAGGUUUAUAAAGGUCUGCACGAGAUUUGUUCUGAGCAUCCUGUAAGCUGCUGAAAGAAGUCCUGAAUUAGCUGGAAGAUUCGCUCUCAGAAUGUGCAAGUGUGGGUUUAAUUUUCUUUAUUGCACGUGGACAGAGUGUGGGCUGUGUUUAUCUGUGGGCUCAGAGAAGUCGGGUUUUUAUGGGAAACAUCCUGAGUGCAGAAUUGUGUGAAUAGAAAAUAGAUUAUCCAGAGGAGCUCUCUAAACAGGAAAAGGAAACUGGGUGGAGUUAAAUGUGUCAGAGUUUCUUUACAACCCUGCAGGACCUCACAUAGUUGGACUGCUCUGCAGGCUGUUUACUGGGUAGCAUUUCCACUGUGUAAACUCAGUGUGAUUUAUGGUGAACAUAAGGCAAAAUGUGUAACAUAGAGGGGGAUAUAUACGUCACGAAUGCUCUGUUAUAUCUGAGACAAUUUAAGGUGGUAUGAAUACUACUCUUUGUGUAAGAGGUAUCAUCCAAUGACAAAUAAGAACUGAUUUACUAAAACUAAAUCUAAAGACUCAAGAGUGAUGAAACUUAAUCAGAGAAAGAAGGAUCAGGAUCAGAAAUUCAUCUUUUUCUAAAUGGGAUCAGGUUAUCCAUCUUACUUUUGUUCUGGUUUGUCUUUCUUUAGACUUGUUCAGGAGCUUUUUGUCUUUAUUGAUAGGCAUCUGGAGAAGACAAAAAAUGAGGAGAGACCAGGGAAAUUACAUCUACCAAAUCAGGAUUGUUCACAGGGCACCUGACUAAACCACCUGAUUGACAGCUCUCCUGUCCUAGUUUUUAAAGAAAGAUUGAUGGGAUCCUCUUCCAGAUACAGACUGUGACAGAUUACCAAAUUAUGGAUUUCCAAUGAACUAAUAUGUUUUAGGGCUGAUGUAAGACGCUUUAUAGUUUGUCCACAGGGGGCGCCAAAAAUCAAGCAAUAUUACUGAUCCUGUCAGCUGUUUUUAAAGACAUAUUCUAGGUUUGAUAUCAUCUGCAAUUUGAUGAGAUAUUUUUUUGAAAGACAAUCCUUAUCUUUUCACAGUUGAGUUGUCUACCUUAUCUGCCUUGUCACUUUAUGCUCCAGUAAUUUAACGUAAGUCAAGCCCACUGCUUGGAUCAAGAUCAAAGUACUCCUAAUCCAAGGUUUUAGCACAACUGGAGGUUUUAUCUGCAUAAAAAAACAGGAUCUGAUUACCUGAUCUCAUUCAUUCAAAUGUCUAUACUUCUCUUGGAAAACCAGAUUUUAUAUUACAUUCCAAUCUGAUACCUUUAAUCUGAUUAUGUUACUGUUGAACAUCUCUGUCCCAGAUCAGGUGGACCUCUGCUUAUGUUGGCGCACACGUAAAUGUAUACACACUCUCAUGCGUUCAAUUAACUACAAUUAGAGAUGGUGAAAUGAUAUUUGGUUAGACUAUGUUUAUUUUUUGGUGGCAUACUGAUGUUAAUAAAAACAUAGUUAUUUUAUAAUCUAGACGUUAUAAUGAUGUGAAAAUAUGUAGAAAAAGGAAAGUUCAAUUUCCAAAGAAGCAGGGAGCCAAGAAUACCAGCAGUUUGAUUGUGGAUAAUCUCUGUUCAUGCUUCAUUUUCUUCCCCAGUCAUGUGUGACAGACAGCAGUCACACACUACCAGUCUUUUUACUCAGAAAUGUGGCCCAGAAAUGUACACAACACAGUAUGUGUACAGACAAAAACAAACACAAACGUCUCUUUAUUUCUUUCUAACUCUUCUGUAAAUGUAAAUUUCUUAGUAACAGAAAAAAUGAAAAGGCAUUCAAUAAAUCUAGAUAUGAAAUAUAAGAAGUUCUUUUCAUGCUUGUGUAUUUGUUUGAAAAAGAAACAAAGCAAGACAAACAGCAUUGGAUUGUACAAUGAAUCAUGAAUGUGUUUUUCCAGAUUCAGACUCGGCUGCUGCAAUUCUUAGCUUUGCUGAAUGACUGGAGGCUUUGCAGGAGUGUUGUUUGCUCCUUCUUGUAUUACCUUGGGUUUGCAGGCUCUGUUAAUGGCCGUUUUGUUGUAGCUCACAUGCUGAAGGCUCGUCCUUAUUUAUACUUCCGUUAUAUUUGCCUCUUAUGGGCCGUAACAACUUAAUUAAUUUGCCACCUCUUCCCUCUAAUAAUACAUAUAAAACAACGUAAUUCACAAAAAGUCCCAUAACAGGGGAAAAGUGCUCUCAUGCUUCUUUAGUUCUUCAUGUGAUACCACUAAAUUGCUCAUUUUGUCAAGUCAUAACAGGAAAACUCUAUUCCUGUCCUAGGUUUAAAGUUUAGACCAGUCCAGUCCUUUUGUAAAGUUAAAGGCCCAGAAACAAUCUUCUUCUAAGUUAUUAAAAAAAAAAACAGUGUCUAUUGUAUUGAAUUUUCCCUUAGGUAUAAAUAAAGUAAAAUAAACUGCUUCAUGAAAAUGUCAGUCCACCGUUUUCUAAAAUAUAUAGCCUCACAUAUGUGUUUUACAUGAAAAUGAACAGUCCCUCCUUUUGUAGCUUGAAUUAUAGCAUUAAAAUGCCUCCAUAUGCUGCUUAAACCCAUGGAGUGGGUGGGUUCUGAUGGGGGCCAUUUUCCUGCUCUGACAUAUCUGAUUCUGCACAAAGACCCACAAAGUCUCCAGUAUUUUCACAUCCUGCUUUCACUGAUUUGAUUUUAUGAGGGAGAGAGUAACCGGGUUAAACAGUUGGCUCCAUUUUCAUCGCCAAAUUCGUUGAUUCCAUCUGUAUUUUUCACACUGAGAAAAUCACAGUGCUGUAAUCGAGAUUCAUCUUCUGGGUCCCAUGGCUUUCAGUACCAAAUUUCCUGGCCAUCUAAUUCUUGCCGAGGUAUUAACUGUGUGAACCGAACUGGUGCCAAGCCAGUGGCGGAUGUUGGCAACUUCUGAAAAAGAAUGAAAAAUGACACGGGAUGAGAGAGAUGGAGGGAGAAUCAGGGAAAUUGGACAAGGUCCUGGUAUUACAAAGUGUGCAUUUAACUUUGUUAACAUUCUUCCCAUGACAAGAAAUAAUUCAGUCUAAUCAAUUAAACCACAGCUGGAGUGGAAAUGGAUGGUGCGUGUCUGCAGUCCAAGAGGAAAAAAUGUGGUGCUAUCAGUGAGAUCAGCCAUGUGUCUGCUGCUUGAUGUGGGACAUCACUGAGAGUCUACAAACUGCAGGAUAUGACUAGUUCCUCUCUGAACGUCACUGAGUCACCAGAAAAUAAUGGCGAUUAAUUAAAGUCAAAGACAUUCAAUCAGCAUGUGGGCACCUGUUGCGCUAAUCAAAACAUUGUACAGCCCAGAGUGAGUUUGUGAAGGUAUGUUUUGUCUCAGAGUAAACACAGCUGAAACAAUCCUUCCAUGUGAGCUCACUGAGAAAACCUACCUCAGCUGAGGAGACACAGACGACACACGUGUAGGAGGAGGAGGACACACACAGGGGAGGAGGCAGGAUAAUAAGGAACAUGACCGAAAAGAGAAGGAGGCAAGCGGAGAUAAGAAAAGAGAAAGAGAGGCAGGACAGACAAGAUGGAGAGAGAGUGAGGGGACAGAAGACAGUGGUGAUGGAGACUAGAAGCAGGAAUGAGGCUAUAAAAGGAAGUGAGGGAUGGAGAGACUGAAGCCUGGGAGGACCGGGAGGACCGAGGUCUUGGAAUUCUUUCAGCACAGCCUGAUGGGACCCCUGUGUCCCCACAUUAAUCACUGUGUGAUGAAGUCAAGGCAAAGGACAGGGGUGAAGAUAUAUAUACAGUAUACAGGGGUUUUCCAGACACUACGUCCACAAUGAAUGAACUUCCGAACUUCAGUCGAACUAUAAUGAAAGAUAGAAUUAAAGCAUCCUUAGCGUCUAUCUUAGAGACUUAUUCCUAUUAAUGAGCUUCUGUUAGAAUUAUGAAUAUCUAAAUAUAAAGUAUAAUGUUUAUGUGUUUCACCCUGUACUGUGUGCUCUGAGGCGUCUCGGGUCUGACAGGUGGGAACUAAAGGAUCCUCCCAUCUGGAUGUGAUCGAUCAUCUGAUUCGUGGCCUGAGCUGCAGAUCUCUCAACAUAACAUUACCUGACAGCUUUGACUUUCAGCUCUCAAACAGAGAGGGUCUAAUCCCACGUCUGUUUAGUUCAGAUUGCAGCAGGAAGCAUUGAUUAGAAGUGUGGUCCACUGGGAAAUGGGAGUUGAGAGUCUGCGUGACCUGAGGCCAGUUCAGGAAAGUGAAGGUCCAGCUGUGUCAGGUCCAGGUCUGAAACUGGAGCCAUGUUUACACUGGAGCCCGGCCAGAUGAGCACAGUGGGAGUCACUGCUCUGCCCUGCUUCUUCCAGGUCCCUCUGCUCUGGUUCAUGUUCUCUUUCAAAGUCAUGUCCUGCUCUCAACAGUGACCCUGUCCUUUUAGCCCUUUCCCUAGUCUCCCUCCGUUAUCUCAGUUUUUAAAUAUACCCGUCUAAAUACAGAUGGACUGAGGAGAUGAUGGCACUAAAGAGCCAGACUAAACAGGGUGAAAAUGAAACCACCGAAAGUGGACCUUCAGUGUUAAUGCUUGAAGCAAUGCAGGAGUGCUGAAAACUGCUCUUCUGUGAGUGCACACUUGAGGCAGACUCUGAAAGUUGAAGAGACCUCACUGAUUGGCAUCAUCAAAAUGCCUUUAUCUCUUAAUUUAUUGCAGAGAUGAACAUUUUACAGCCAAGCACAAAAAAAUUAUUUUAUGUUUUUAUUUAUUUAUUUUUUUUGGGAGGCUGGGGCUUUUUUUCCUUACAAAUUUGUUUUUAAGAUAUAAAAGCUAUUUGUUUUGCAUAGCUUGGCAAAGCAUGGCUGAUGUGGUUGACAGACAGAGAUUGUAGCUGUCGACUACGAGGCCUUCCUCUACUCUGUCUCUUUGGUAACCACCAUUGUUGGACCAAUGUGUGGCAUCCCUGAAAACUACAUCCAUGUUUAGUACAGUCUAUUGCUGUUACCUGUCACCAUGUAAACCCAACUAUUUCUAUAUUUGCUUGGUGUACUUGAAUAAGACCUUCAAGUUUUCACCCUACUUUGCAAAUGGCUGAAUUGAAUACAUAGAUUUCUGUAAAUUAUGUAAAAGAAUAAGUGUAAAUUAUGCACAAAAAGUCAUUAUUUGCAAGUCUGUAGAGCAAAACUUACUGUCACUAGUCUUGCUGCUGGGCCAUUGAUGUUUUAUAAAGAUGUUAAGAAAAGCUGGACUUGAGUGCUAGUGAACUGAAUAAAAAGUUCAGGAAAAACUGUUAUUACGUCAUUACAGAUUUCAAAACCGUUGUGCAAAGGGACAUUUUUGAACUACGUCAAAGGUUAAAAUUGUUGAUGUGACUUUUUGCUGUGUCAGAGGGCCGUUGUUGAUCAAAGUCAAAAAGAAAAUCUUGUUUAUUUUAACCGCCCAUGAAUGACAUUAAUGGAGAAAAAAAACACAGUUGAGCUUUUUCUCCCUGCUCUUUUAAUCCUUGUGUCGAGAAAUAUCGAGACAGCAUGUUACCAUCCAGUCAUUCCAUAUGGGUUCUGUAUCAGCUUGACCAAUUUGGAUCCCACAGUCACCAAAAAACUCUCCCUGUGGCUUUUAGCAGACCAAAGUGUUGAUUUGGUUUCAGCGCUGCUCUGCAUGAACAUUAGAAACUACAACUUCAUGUGUUUAGUCUCACAGCUGUUCCUAUGUUGACAUGAAGACAUUGUAAACUCUCAUUUCCCACCACACAUCUGUGACUCAUGCUCAGUUUUUACUCAUUCAUUGCCCACUCUUUGGAUGUUUUACUUUUCAUUUCCAUUUCUGUGAAUGUACUUGUCUCAGAGAACAUUUAUCAGAGACUGCAGCCAUCAAAACUCCUCGACAGGAAGUUGGCAGUAGUGUGUCAGGAAACAAAUUUAGCUGUAAAGAGGCAAUGGUGCAGACAAACUCUACUGUAUAUCAAGCUAAAUAUCUGUGAGAUCCAUUAAAGCCGGCACGAGAAUACCCCUUAUCACCAUAAUGAAGGCCUGUGGGACAUCUGGUGUUACAUCCAGACAUGCCUCAGUUACUAAAACAACGCCAACACAAACACGGUCAUGUUUGAUGUUUUGCUUCCGCCGCUUCUGUAUGUAUAUUUUUGUGCGUAUGUGUGUGUUUCUUUUUUGUGGAAGUGUUUGUUUCAAAGCUGGAAUCUGAUUGUUUGAUUGAAUUCUGUGUCGGACUAUCGACGGAAGCCGCACAAGAAGAAAACACUCUCUUUUGACAUGCUGGCCUACUUUUCAAGCCAUUACAGUUUGAGAUUUUUUCUAAUUAAUGAACAAGAAGUGAAUCAAAAAUGAAUCAAGAAGUGAACUGAAAGGUAAGAAAGUCAUUAUUUUGUAUCCCGCUGUGUAUUUUUAUUCAGCUUAUACUGUGAGGACAACAGUUUCUCCCAGCCCACUCAUGACUCACACACACAGCCAGACAGCAACAAAGGCCAGCAUGAUUUGAUCACCAAAUCUGGUACACUCGCUCGCAAACAGACAUUUGUGGUUUUGUGUUUAUAUCUUCCCACUCACGUCACAAAGUUCAUUUAGACAUGCUUCUUCCCUCUUUUUGAGUCGCUGAGCAAGAUCGUCCUCAAUCAAAAUGCUUCAUACUUUAUUCUGGUAGAAAGAGGGUUCAGAUAUCUGAAUUAGUGUAGGUUUUACUUGGACAAGCAACUGGCUCCUUAAAGGUUGACCUGUAUGUGCCAGAUGACCAAAGUCAGGGGGAAAAGAAAAAGGAACUAACUGUAUUUUUCUCAGUUUUUUUAAGAUAUCAAGAUUCAAAGCCGUCAGUGCUCUUUCCCAUCUCCUUUUAAAGGUCGUCUGCACAGUUGGAUAGACCAGCUCUGUUCCAACACAAACUUCUUUCAUCAGUCUUGUUUCUGUGACCAGUUAAACUGACCUCUCUCUGAUGUUUUUAUGAGUAAUUAGCACAGUCACUGCCUCAAGAUAACACUGGAACAAGUUGCCUAAAUCCACAUCAUUUUAGCACUGACCUACAAAUGCUCACACAACUGUGAACAACAGUUUCUGUCCUACAUAUUAGGAUGAAAACUGUUUCCUUUGGUGCUAAGCAACAAGUUUCAGUAUAAGUUUACAAAGUAUUUCCUGGUCCAUACAUGGCUGUAACAGUAUUCAUAUUUAUUAUUUUAUUUAACAAAGUUGCCCAUUUGUUGUCAAGGAGCACAAACUAAAAGAUGGUGGUUAUAUUGGCACUGUAGGGAGGGUCAUAAGUGAAACUUCUAGACUUCAAAAUCUACCAAAGCUUCAUGUCAGUCCAGCUAAUAUUUGAUAUUUAUGAGUGCUGACCUUUUCUUUAAGGUGUACUGUAGCUUGCAUGCCAACAGUGAAUCCCUCACAGAGAUGGAUCUCAGCUGGUCGAGGGAGUAUCACACGCUCGGCACUGAAUCAGUCUCAUCCUGACAGAUAGAGAUAUACUGCAGAUAUGCGUACGGAUAUAUCACACAGCUAAUUCCCAUGUUUUUUUCCACAUUCAGUAACUCUUAUCAGAGCUUGUCGUUGAAAGAGGACAGGUGUCUCAGUUCAACGAGUUUACACUUUUACCUUAACUUCCACAUCAUUAAUUUGAGAAAGGGCAGCUGUUACCUCACAGCAUCACAACCUAUUUUGUUUGUUGUCUCUUUGUUUCAGCCACCAAACCUUUAAGUAUUGAGCAGUAGUGUUCAUGCCUGAGUUACAUCCAAGUAAGCAAAGUAGAGUACACUCUGACCUGUUCACUGUAUGAACUACUGACUGUGCAGGAACUUAUUAGAUGUGCAGAAGAAAAUAUGUUUCAUUUAUGGACCCUGACUGAUCAUGUUGGCAUGUCUCAAGAUUUUACAGAGUUAUAGAGCUGGAAAUCGAGCAUUAAUGCGCAUUCUCUUGGUUGGCACAUUCAUCCUGAUGCAGUGAGAUCACUACAGGUCCAUGUCUCCAUCCCACUCUCUAUUCAUUAGAAUUUAAGCUUAUCAAACAUCUUGAAUUGGAAUGGUUGACUCAUUCUGUUGACUGAUGUAAGCUUGCAGCUGGAUGACCAUACUCCAAAUGUGCUAACCAGACAGUCACUAUUUACAUGCACGUUUAUGUCAAGCUGCAGUUAAAGCUCAAGUAGGUAAUUUGAUUGGACUACUGUCCUUGUGCUAGUGUACAAGCACCUGGAAAGAACAAGUUUAUCGGUCGAAGUAUGUCCUCCUCUGCCAUGGUACCUCAGCUUGUCACUAUUAGGCUGUUCCUGGUUGACCUUUCACAUACCAAAACAAUCUACAAACGCGUUAAAAAUGGGUAUCGGUAGUACAAAGACUGAUGAAAACAUUGUCAACUUUACAAUUCUGUCUUAUUUAGGUCCCAACAUCCAACAAGGUUUUUUUUUUAUUACCCAGCUUUCGCGCAUUGCAAAUGUUCAGUGUCGGGGUUGAAGACCACUGUGUGAACUAUGAAGCAUGUGCAGAGCGCAAAGACCAGUUUUAGCCCAAGGGAGGAAUAAAUAUAGAAAAGAAAAUCAAAACCCAACAACACGAUGUAUGUAUCUUGGUCUGACCACGAGAAAUUCAAUUUAAUGUGAAAUCAGUUUGACUGAUGUGUUUACAUGUAUUUUAACCGUUAACUAAUGCAAUCCACAUGUAAGCACAGUGAUUGCUGGAGCCUGAGUCCAAGUCUUUAGUGUUUUUACAAAGAAAUCAGAAAACCUCAAGAAAAUCUUUGGAUUUUUAAUGUCAUCUGGACCUCUUCCCUGUAUUGUCCACCGGCUUUUCUUUUCCGUCUUCCUCUUGACUCCAGAGGUUGAAUGUGUCAUAAUGUUUGUAAAACACAUCUUCUGAAUGAUGGGGGGUGAAGACAGCAGGAGUGCGUAUUCAAUAGAAGCAUUUAGCAUGUCUCUUUGCAGAGGUCAAAGUUGAAAUGCUGCGGGUCACAACCUUUAUUAAGGAUGAGCUCUGCUGAACAGCCCACAGGUCAGCCAGUUCUGGUCAUUUGUUUUCCAUGCAGAGGGAUUUGGUUUCUGUUGACUUUAGCAGCCUGAAGAGCCAUAUCUUUGGUAUUUUAAGAGCCAUCUCUGUGUUCGGUCUCAACUGUGUGAUACCCCCCAACAGUUUGAGUUAGUGUCACCACCAAUCCUGGAUCAAACACCCAUCUUGACCUGCAGUAGUCUGUGAUCUGUUCAUUUGAUACCUCAAACACAGACAGGGGGUCUCACACAAACAUCUUUUAUGCUUCAGUCUGUCAUCUCUUGUGUGAAAACUGAGAAACCAUCUCAAACAGGCAGUUGUCAUCUUCAUCACUAGAUGAAACGUGGUUGAUCUGUGGGGGUCUGGAUCUUGAAACAACAAAAAUGACGUCCUUUCAGUGAGGGACACGAAAUUGAACAUUUGAGGUAAUGACGUUUCUUGUUACACAUCUGCAAACAAAGAACAAAUAAUUUAUUUUCAGUGUGUUAUUUAUCCGUCGGGAUCAUAGGAUGUCGUAGUGAAUAAUACACCAGGGGAAAUGUGGAAUGUACAGCUGUGUUUCCACAUCACAGAGUAAAUCUGUUCCCUUCUCUUUUGAGUGUUUUAUGUCCUGUUUGCUAUUUACUUUCAUUGGGGAAAGGCAUUUUCCAGAUUCCUAUCAUGGAUGUCUUAUGUACUCAUCUGCAUUUAUGCUGGGAUUAUUUUUCCAUUUCAUCCCAUUUUUGGAGCUCUGAGAUACCAUAAAUCCUCCCAUGAUCCUUGUGUUUUUAGCCUCUGAAGUUAAGCAGACUAGUUGAGGCCAAAGUUCUCAUUAGCUUCUUAGUUCCAGCUACCUCUACAAAUGUUGACUUUAUUCCUCUCCAUCUGUAUUUAUAAUCGAGACGUUGGUGUGUUUUGUCUGCAUUUUUCGUAUGUUUUGGUCUUGUCAUCAUCCUGUCUUCUCGGCUGUGCUGCUGUGUUGGUUUUGGCUGCUUUUUACAUCGAGUGUUGUCAGUGUUAGGAAGCGGUUAGUUUUUAUGGGUCAGCUAAUUAAAACAGAACAUAGAAAAACAAAACCAGAGUGAUUUAGUCUGACCACAGUUGAGCCACGCAAACCAAGUAUCAUCAGGUCUGGAUACGCGGGAUGAUGGUUGUACAACAGUAAAAGUUGUUUUUGAGGGUUGUUAAUAACUGGUCAUAGAAAAUUAACGUUUGACCUCUCAAACACAAUACGUUACUUUUUGUUUGAGUUUAAUUUAGUACUAGGAAGUUAGUACCAGACUCUGGGACUGUUGGGAUAGGAAGAAAACAAUGUACCUCUUAUGAAAUGACAUUUGUCCAAUCAAAUCAUAAAGAACUUAGACUGUAUGGAAAAAGUUCACGUCACUUAUAAGUUAUGGGUGCUCUGAAGCCCAUGAUGGUGGUCACCAGAUUGGAAAUGCUGACUCAUACUGAGCAUAGCACAACACAUGGUGCCAUUUUUGUCAUUGGAAAGUCCUUUUUUUUUCAAUAAUUAAUAAUUGAUGGUCACCAGUUACAAAGAUCCAUCACAGACAAUACUUUGAAUCGUCAUCCCACACUGGGUGUCUUUGCCGCUUUCAUGGACGCAUCUACAAUGGAGAGGAUGUGUGAGGAUGUGAGCGUACGUGCAUGUGAUCGUAGGGAACUGGGCUACACCCCUUGUUAUGCAUAUAUUUGGUACCAGGCCGUAGACACGUCUAAUUUUGCUGGAAAACUAUUGAUAUGGAUGUUAAUGGGUAUUCCCAGUCUUUUGGAGGCAGCCUCUAGUGGAUCCUUGUGGAACUGCAGCUUUUUUUUCACUUUGGUACUGGCUUCAUUUCUGUGUGAUGGAGGUUUUUUCUGCUUGUUUGAUGAUGUUCAACAUUAAACCUAAAGCCGUUCCCUGACGCAAAACAUGAAUAGACCCACUAAAAUUGGAUUGAGUUUGUCCAUUGUAACCCAAUAUUAGGACACCUCGCUGUACAUUCUUGCAUUGCAACAGUUUACUGAAGCCGCAGUAUCCAGUGAAUGCUGUUUUAUUUAAAUAAAAGGUGUCUUACAUUCUUGGCUAACUGCGGUACAUCCUAAAUUCAAAAAAGUGUUUUUUUCUCUGAGCUUAAAUAAAAAAGAAGGCAUGAAGUAGCGUAAAACUGAGUGUGAUAAAGAGAGCUAUUGACCCAGCUGGCUGUAUUUCAUUUUCUAUGAAUUGUAUAGAGUCUGUGCUAAUACAGAGAGCGGCAACAGUGCAGCCGGCAGGAACAGGGAGGCAACAAAAGCAACAUUCUUCACUAAGAAAGGCAUUAAUCUGAGACCAUGAACUUUACAGCGAUAUCUUAAGGGGCUUAAGCUCAGAAACAAUCAAGGAAGCAACAGGCGGGAAAUGCAGAAAUGUUGAUAAGGAUGUACGCUACUCCUUACACUUCACAUACAGUAUAACCUUUGACCUACAGGCAUCCAUCAUUGCAAUAGGACCCUUUUUUUUCUCAAGUAAAAGGACAGACCUGAUAAAAAAUCUUGUCUCUCUGUUGCACUCAUAAUCAAAUGUGAGGAUCUUACAAGAGAGGAGUAGAGUUUCCUUUGGCUUAGGAGGCCCCACAUGGACUCCAAGAGGAAAGCAGCUUGUAGUGAUUUGGUCAAACUAGGCUGAGUUCUCUACUCUAUCCUCUAAGAACAAUUUUAAUUCUAUUUCGACCUGCAUGUGUGGUCCAAGUGGGGUACAGAAAUGCAGAGGUUAAUUCAUGAAGGAAGGAGGGAGAGUGGUGGUGCUGGAAAAACAUGUUACUGUCCGUGCACGUGAUAGCAGUUUUGAGGUAAAGCAGAUGACUGCAGUAGCAGAUGAUCAACAGUGGUGAGCUUUAUGUAAACCAGAAGCCAUAAAUGAUUUAUCCUUACAAUACUGCCAGAGGAAGUGAUGUGUUUAUGAUCACUGAUUCAUUACAUGUUGUUAAACACGUUUUAAAAUGUAUAGCCUGGAAACCUUCCUAAAAACAAAUUGAGACUAUACAGAAAACCAUCAGCUCAUUAUAUCCUUUUUGGUGGGAAUGUACCAGACAGUUCGCGAUGUAUCUCUGCCUUGGAGUGUUUCUGUGGCUCUCAGGAGAAAUGUUGAGUCUGGUUUAACAUUCAGUCUAGCGUGUUGAGACUGGGAGCAGGUCUUCCUUCACUAUAACUUGACAAUUGUCAUAAAUUUGGUAAGAGCAGGACCCCACGUAGAGGUAUUUAGGUGGUCUUGAUUAAUCUCUCUCUCUGUUGUGGUGUAGGACUGUAUGGUUUUGCAAUUUCUGACUGUAAAAACAGUCUUGGACUAGAAAAAAGUUCUGUAAUUUCUUGUGGAUUUCUUUGGAGGUAAAGUUACAGAAAAAGUUUAGAUUUUCAUUUUGUGAAUUUUACUAAAACCAUAAUUUUCUCUCUGAUUGUUUCAUCAAAGAAGCUUGUACUAAACUUAUAAAACAAACGAAACCACAUUUUUUCCCCUGUGUACUUUACUGUAUCAAUGGAAAAAGCAAUUUUGACUGAGAUUGGGUCAUAGUGACGGUGGGUGGACUAAUAAACAGGAUACUGCAGCACAGUCCUAUUGUCCUCAGCUGAAACGGUCAUUAACUAUUCUAAGCCUGUAAACUGUAAAGUGGAAUUAUUGCAUAGCUUCAUCAUGUGUAAUCUCCUUUAUAGAAGAUGUUCCUUUGUGUGUCUGUCAGAGGUGACGCACGCUAUUGUCUGUCUUUUUGGACUUCCACCUUGGUGUGAAGUAAGGUCAAGCUCUAACAUCCUAAUCGGGAUGUCUCCUGUUUCUGUCUCCUUAAUACUUUUUAAAGGUGAUCACUUUGCAGAGGUCUAUUAAAGGGAUUACCUUCUUUUAAUUCCUCCAUUAGGAUUAAAAGAAACAAUUUGAUAAUUCUGUGUUUUGACGGAGUGGGCAAGCUGGCUAAAUUAAACCCACAGCAUGUUUAACUGCAUCAAACAGGGGUUUGUAAGGCGCCCUUUAGAUUCAAAUAGUUAAGCAAAAAUGCAGCCUCUUGCAUUCCAUAUGGGAGGGGAAGAGGGUCUUUUUUGUUGUGGAGAUAGGGGAUCAUUAAAGGACGUUGUCCACAAAGUCAAAGACGUCUUUGUGUGUAACGCGGGUCUCAAUGUGGCCUUUGUGAGAGAGGCUGCUGGGAUCUGCUGUCAAAAUGGGGAAGGAGAAUUAUUCUGAGUCUUAAUCUGCUGUUUUGUCCGCUCUCCAAGCAUAAAGUGCUCCUUCUUUUUCCAUCGUUUUUUACAUGGAAGAAGGGAGGAGGGUAUGGAGGCAUUUGCUGCCUUAGCAGACUAUGGUAUGGCUGCGUAGGUGGAAGACGUAGGUGAGCACACAAGAGUGAGACAAAGACGUCAGAGCUGGCGACUCUGCCACUCUGCAUUUUUAAAGUCAAGUUUCUCUCAUACAUUCAAACUGAAAGAUGACUUUUUCACUUUGGUUCUUUAACUUUUAGACUUGAAGUUCAGAGUUUUUACUUUUAUUCAUGCAAGAAAACUAUGUUUCCAGUAUUGAAGAUGCAUGAAAAUUACAAACAGUGACUGAUUAAUGCACAGAUCUAUUCAAAGAGCAUCUGAAUCAAUGAGAGGUUAAGAGCCUGAGGCCACCUACUCUGUUUUUUAGUCAGACCUAAUGCAGUUCAUUGUUUCAAAGCUCAGCCUUUACUAUAUAAAACAUCAGCCCUGUGAGUGCAGAUGAAGCCUUGAAACUGGAUCCAUUCACAUGCAGCUCUUGUACAAACUACUGUUACUCUUCUGGCAUUUUUCUUGCAUGGUUGAUUCAGUUUCCCUUUAACUGUUUUCACAUUUUCUUUGCAAAUUCUCCUUAAAUGAAAGCAAGUGUAGAGAAAAACAGACUUAACAGUCACAACCAAAGGCAGAAGAAGUGCUGUGAGACAACUUUCCAAACCCGUCAACACUAAGCACAGUUGAGAAGUCCUCCUGCAGGUUACAUGUUAUGUUGUAGCCAUCUUCAUCUAGCUGGUUUAUGGCUUGUAUUUAGGCUUUUUCUGGUUAAACUGACAUGUAAAUGCACAAUUAUGUAGACCAGAAACUGGGGGUGCUCGCUCUGCCACUGUUAGCUACAAACAGCAAACCAAGAGAGUUAGUCUCUUGAUGUGAAAAGUAGGCUGUGUUGUGUCUGCAGUUUUGUUAACACCUUGAAACUCUUUUAUGCAUAUAGGAAAAUUCUUAUUUUGUUACAUUUUUUUGUGUGAAAUAAUUUGUUUCAUUACAACAAUGUUUUUAUUGAUGUUUUGCAUCUUUGACUAUACCUGCCUUCUUAUGCUUGUCAGCUCCCUGGUAUGCCAACCUUUAAAUAUGGGUGUGGUCAUAAUCCCUCACAAAAAUUAUUGACUGACGAAGACCAUAGAGUCAAAACAGUGUUAAAAUUUAAUGUCUGAGACUUUCAGUAAGUUCAAAGGCCCCUUUUCCUCUCUGUGCCACAAGAACCCAAAGGCGAAAUGCUAAAUUUGGAUUCUUUGUUGCUCAGAAACACAAAGUCUCUUAAGCCUCCUUUUCUUUUUAUAAUAUCACCCGCUUUCUCAGCUACUGUAGGGUUCAUGUCACCCCUGACCCGUGAGCUGGGAAACCCCUAUUUUUUCACAGCUUUCUUUGAGCAUGUCAUAUCCACACUGACUUGCUCUGUGAGCGUGUGUGCUUGUGUCACGUUUAGCACACUCUGGCCCGUGAUGGUGGGUGGUUUUGUCGGAAUGCAGACAUUCAAAGACAAAUUGUCCCCCAUCACAGUGAGGACCCAGCCCCUCUGCUGAACAGGGUUUCCAUUUUCUCAUGGCUCUCCUUUAUGUCUGGAUCAUGAGUCAUAUGAGCCACAUUCAAACAUCCUUUCUGUGAAGCAGACAGAUGUACACAAGAGUGCAGACAACACUGCAACAAUCUUCCACACUCAUGCAACAGAUCUGCACACACAAACAACAAAUGGAUUCACAAACCGCAGUGUACACAAACACAGCUAGUCACACCUCCAAUACACAACUAUUUACCCCAAACUGUGUCACAUCUGCAGCACAAAAAAGGAACAAAUGCAACGUCAUGGACAAAUUCCUCUGCUGUGUUUAUGCAUGUGAAGAAAAAGCCUAAAAUGUUGCUGUUUGCUGUAACUUUGACAUCGAUGCCCUGACCUCCAACAGCCGUGGGCUGACAUUCAUGCUGUCUGUUUUGUGUCUGACAGGGUGGGAAGAAGCACAGCGGCCCAUGUGGAGGAAGAGACUGCAGCGGAGGAUGUAAAUGUUUCCCAGAGAAGGGAGCCAGGGUAAGUCCUGCUCUGUCCCACUUUUGUCAGUACUGUCCAUAAACCUCAUAAACUCUCCAUCUCUCUCCCUGUCUUAACCUUUAUGUCAGAUUACUUUUCCUCUUGGAUUGCAGUCUGGAACACCAAAUAAGGCCGUGAUCACAUAAAGAUGUUUUGAAAUGGCCCUUCAAAUUAAGAAGCUUGGCUGCUGGGAAUGCAUACUUUCCCAAAAUAGUGUCUCUGUAACACUUUUUAAAGUUCAACUUUUCUCAUUCCAUAUUUAAAAAAGCAAUUACAGACAUGGAUAAAAAUCUGAAUGAUUUGUUAAAAUUGCUGAUAAUUCUGUCGCCAACUGGUCGUGAUGAAUAUGUUCAAAUAUAAAACUGGCCAAUCCCACGCACCCCUGAUAUAAAACUGAAUGUGCACCAAAUAUUAGAAAAUAAUCACUCUCGUGUUUAUUUUAAUCUUUGUAAAUUAAGUACUUGCUAAAAACUUGAAAGGAUAUUCCGUCAUCAAAUUAAUUUAGGGUCAAACACACUGUAACACCGAGUUAGACACCCCUCGAAAGAUGAAUGUUGCCGACCACUUGCUUCUCUAUUUAGAAGAGAAGCAAGUGGGACUGGUCUGUAGCGAGAACUCAGGCCAGUCCAUUACGGACUACGGCGGGAUGACGCAGCUCAAGGAAGAACAUUUAUGAUCAUUUCUUAAUGGAAAUGCAAUCAGACCGAGACGCUAAGGCAGGAGAACUACCGUGUCUGCAAUGCCACAUGAUCAAUAUGAUGAUUAUCAUGAUUAUUACUUCAAGGAAAUGAUAAAGUAAUGAUCAUAAAUGUUCUUCCUUGAGCUGUGUCACCCCGCUGUAGUCUGUAAUGGACUAGUCCGAGGUCUCUGUACAAACAAGCGGCUGCUGGAAGAGAGUAGGUGAGUUGUAUUUAGUUUCUCUGCUAAAGAAAUUAGGCAAGCUAAAAAGAUGUUUGGUGGCUAGUGCUGUGGCUGGGAUUCUAUAUGUACUGUUGAUGAAGUUAGGUGCUGUUCUGAGCAUUAUUUGUGGCUAUAGAGUGGCAUUUUGGUUGAGGUUUGUGUGUGGAUCCAUAGACCGCUGUGUAUUGCUAUCUUGCGGUCAUUACCAAAGUUGGUAUAACUAGAGAAGCAAGUGGUCAGCAACAUUCAUCUUUAAAGGGGGUUUCUAACUCAGUGUUACAGUGUGUUUGACCCAAACAUAAUUUUAUGCCAGAAUAUCCCUUUAAUUUACCACCAUAUUUAAGAAAAAGUCUGAAAAGUCUGAAAAUUUGAGAAGGGUAAACUCAUUGUUGUUGUUCUUGUUGGUCUUGAAACCAAGUUUACUGCAGCAUCUUAAGUGAUCAUGGUCUUGUGUUGGAGUUUCAAUAUCACAACAAUGCAAUGUAAAAGAGUUAUGGUUGCACAAAUGCCUGAGUCUGACAUGAAUAUCCAGCCAUAUGGAAGACUGUACAGCUGGAACUCAUUAGCUUGAAAUACUUAUCACACUUACAGUUUCAGUGAUGAAAUUCACACCAUUAACCUCUGUCAAAGAAGAGGUCAGAAAGGAAAGAGCGUUCAGGGGAGUGGGAGACCCAUUAGGAGAGAAAUGAAAGACUGGAAAAAGACGGAGAGACAAAUGGGCGUGAAAUCAAGAGACAGACAGAGACUAAACAUGUUUGAGAUAAAGAGCUUAGGGUGAGUGACCGGGGCUUUGCAUGAGCUGCUUUAUGCUUCACACACGUGCUGCUAUGAUCAUCAGAUAGUUGCUGCUAGACUUGGGGGUUUUCCAUGUGUCGAGUUUUGUUCCAGACUGUAUCACAUAGGAAACAACAUUUGUUUUUUUUUAAAGUGGCCCAACAGUCAUGCAAGGUUUCAUCUAAAACAGUUAACAGAUUUAUAAGCCUUCAAUGCAUUUUAAAUACCGAUAUAAGAAAAGGGUUUAUGGGUAAUUUUAGCUGAGACUGGUUUUUAAAUAAGCAGCAUAGAUUUGCUUUGCUUUCGGCCACUCUUUGAUCGAACCAAGGAAAUGUUUUAAUGUACCUUUAAAUGCUACAUAAAUGACACUUCAUGGUUCUCACUGUUAUUCUAGAAACUAGCUAAUAAAAUACAAUCAUAGUUCAAGAUGGUAUAAAAAAAUCCAGUUAAUGUUCUAACAAAGAGAAAUAAAGGUCUUCUUUUUUUUGCGUUUAAGACAUCCAUCUAGAGCAUGAACAGGGCUAUUUCCUUUGUUUCUCUUAUCUUGUAAAGAGCGCUCACAGGAACCAUAAAUGUGUCUGUUCAGUGGUGUGAUGUGGUAAACUCAAGGACUGAAAUUGACUCUUAAAAGUUUCCCCAUCCUACAGUUAGAGCAGCUCCUGAGGGAGCCAUUCUGAAGAAAUACAGAGGUGAGGAAAGGAAUGGACAGGAAAGUCUAGCAGCUGGACUUUGGCAUGGAUUUACCACACCGACAUUACAGUAGGUCUGACCUUUGACCUGCACGCUUUGUGUGGAUGCAGGAAACCCGGUUAGGAGGCGUUAAGAGAGACAGAGAGAGGAAGUUCCACAUUCCACAUUUGACGGAUGCAAGAGGCUGAUCAGAGGGUCGGUAGUUAAACCCCCCUUUAACUGUUUUCUCUGCAUCUUUCUUUUGCCGGCUUUUUGGUCAUUUACUGACAAAGUGAGUGAGUUAGAGAUGAACUUUCCCAACUGCUCAGUGAUAGGAGUAUGUCUGUGAAAACAAGACAAAUCAAAAGUAAAAGCACACUCAGGUUACAGGUCCUACAUCCUUUUUAUUUCUGAUGUGUUCAGUAUUUACUAUAAAAACAGUUUUCCCAAGCAGGGUUUCACCGUUAACAGGGCUCGACAGUGCGACCAUUUGUGACUAAAAAUAGAUGCGUGUGAAUUGUAAAAUGUAUUGAGGAGCACAUGUGCGCACAAAAAAAUCAGCCGAGGCAUUAAUGUUCUUUCAUGUAAAUACAAAAGUUAGUUAGUGAAGUUAGUUAGGUGUCUUCUCACCCUCCAUAACCGGGAAUAGUAAAAGCAGUACAGUUAAAUCUAUUUGGCACCCUCACUGUUAACAUUGAAUGUUGAAUAAGGGACCAUCAAUAAACUACUGGUUGAUGUUCUAAAUAAAGGCUGUUCUCCUUCAAUAGCUUCCAUGUCACGUGACCAAUUGACUCAAAAUGGAUUUCAAAUAAAAAUACUAUGAUCGGACAAUAAGACACACUCUUUAUUUCCCUAAUUUGUCCUCUGAAAAAUGUUUGUGUUAAAUUUAAAGGCAAAAUUUUCUUCAAUAGAUUCCAUUACAUUUGACUAAUUGACCUCAAAUUGAUUUCAAAUAAUAGUACUUGCGUCGACCAAUGAGACACAUAUUAUUUGAUACAUUUUUAUUGUGCCCCUAAAGUUCUUUGUGUGCGCCUUACUUUUUCAAUUUAUCGGCACAUGUGCUUCUUGUGAAAAAAGUUCGUGGGAAGCUCUGGUUAAACUAUUUUUUUACUGGAAGUUCAGCAUGUGCUUUCUAAAAAGUCAGGGAUUAAAAGUUUUCCUAGUAUUUGUCUGUCACUUGUUGAUCCUGACUCACUGCAGCAUAUUUAUCUUGUUAACAAUCUAAUCCUUACGUUUUACACCUUUUAUGAUCCAGCACAUAUUCCCCCUCCACCAAUUACCCAACUUGUUUGUGAACACAAUGGAAAGGGAGAUUGAUUCUCACAGAUGUGUUCAUCCCUCGAGCUCCCUUCUCCCUCAUGGUGAUGAGCGCCUCACUGAAUGAGUCGAACUGAUCCCACGCAGCUGUCUGGAUUGGCGGAGACUUGACACAGCUGCAGAGAUUAGGUGAUGCUUGUUUAGGAAAAAUGUGGGACUAAGUGUGAAGGUUUAGUCGUGGCUGCUGUACGCGCCACAUCUUAUUUUUCGUGGAGUGGUUGACCCAACUUAAUUUCUUUCAUACAUUCUCAGACAAUCCAUAAAAAAAGCUGCAAGUACAAUAUCCGGUUUUGGCAAAAUUUUCAGUCUCAGUGAGAAGUCAUUGCCACAAAAACUCUCUUAACAUCAAAGAGAAGAAAGAGGUGACAGCCAGGGUACAAAAGAUCGUUUAGCUUCACAUGAACCAGAUAUUUCUCUUAGGAUCUGAUCCAGACUAAGUCACAAAUGAAAUGGUAGUCAGGGUUCAAACUUAAAUCACAGGGUUACCUGAACUAAACUCUUGAUAAGGUCCCUCUGCGUCUUCACAUGUAUAAAGUCAGUGGAAAGCAAACAAAAAUGCCAAAAAUAACACUUUAAAAGGUGGUGUAAAAAAUGAAACUAGUGCCUCUUAAAAAACGAUCUGUGGUUCUAACUUGUUUAACUGCCCCGGAGUGGCUUAAGGACUCUAUUAAUACAUGUUUUAAGAGUUUUUGUCAAUGACCUUUCUUUAGUAGGAGGCAUUAGUACUUACUUUGGUCUUCAUUAUUUGCUGUAUCCAAAGUGUUGGCGGGAUGAGGGGUCGUACACACUCAUGAGCAAUAGGGAUGGGAGAGAAAUUAUUGUUCGCGAUAUAUCGUCAGAAAAAUCCUCCAUGAUAAAUAUGGUAAGUGUAUAUUGAUGAUGUAAGCGGAUGCGGCUGAUUCACAGCCAUAGCCCACACAGAGCAGAAUAACAAACAAACAUGGAUAAAGGUAAUAAAGAAGACGUUUCUGAGCAGUUUGUUACUGAACGAGGCUUCACAUGAGGGAUUUCCUUCAAGAUUGGGGCUUGGAUGAGCGCAAACAGGUAUGCCUGACAUCGGACAGUGGAUCUGCUGCUGUUCACUCUGCGCAAUAAGAGUUUUCAACAAAUGUUGAAAAUGUUGAGACUUGUUUGAUGUCAUUACUUUUCCCCAUAAUCUACCACUUAAACUUGUGGUUAAGUAUCUUAUUUGACUAUUUCAACUGGUGUUCUCAAGACAAAUUGAGUCAAAAACAUAGAUUUGAGUUAUAAAAAUUUUUUAGUCGUGACUUUUAUCGUUAUCGCCAGAAUGGCAAAUCUUCUUGUGAUACAUUUUUUAGCCCAUAUCGCCCAAUCCUAAUGGGCAGCAGCCAUUUUGAACUUGUACCAGCCGUUUCAUCUAGAAACAGGAGUUUAUAACUUGUUGCCACACUUGAAGCUUUGAUUACCUGCUAACAGUGAAAAGUAUAGCAAAAUUCAGUCAAAAUUUGAGUAGCCGCUGAGUCGCUUACCAGAAAAUUUGCACUUGUGUCCACGGAGGAUAUGAGUCUUAUAGGCGAUCUUGACUUUGUUGUAAUUUAAUUGAGUGUUGAAUACUAUUUAUUUGCCAUACAUGUUUUAAUUCAUUCAUCACUCAGUUUAAGAAUAAGGUAUGGUAAAGUGUGAGAACAGCUGUAUGAACCAUGUUGCCGUGGCGAGGGGGUCACAUCAGGUGCCUCAUGAAUGAAUGUUGGAAUUCAAAUCCCUCAUUAUCUCCCAAAAUUAAGAACGACAGACAGAGUGAGAAUGUGAUGUGUGUGAAAGAGGAGGGAUGUGAGAUGAAGAAGAAUGAGAGAGAGGAGAAGAAGAAUGAAACUGAUUGUUGGGACUUCUCACAUUAAUGUAAUGGGGAGCAGAGAUUUGGCAGGCUGACUCUUUACCGCCCACUCCUCUGGCAGUAAACACAUUACAGGCGUGCAGAAGAAUAUCCAACUCUCCUCAACACACCUCAGAAAGUCUUUAUUGUUCUUUUCCAUUAGUGGUGGAUUGUUCUCCUGAGAUUUGUAACAAAACAUCAGAAAAUGAUAAAACAAGAAAACAAAUUGACUCACAUAAAGCGUUUAAGGUUGUUUUGGAGAUUUGGAGUAGAGUUGGCAUCCCAACUACAAAAAAAAAUUGAAUGUGGUUGGUUCAAAGGACGAGAAUCUGAGGUCCUGCAGGGUAGGUGGUGUUGUAAAACAAGGCAGGUUGUGGUUUAGUAUGAAAACAAGAGCAGCAUGAGAAAGUGAACACAGGACUCCUCGUUUCUUCACAAGAAAACAUGUUUAGCAGAUGAAUGCUGUCUUUUGUGCCAAGUUUUUUUAUUCAGUUUCAGUUCUCAGAAUCAGGGAGUGGCUCCAGGUUUUAUUGAGAAAAAUAAACUUUGGUUGAAAGAAACUUAACCUCCCUCAUCCCACAAGGAGAGGGACAUUGAAGGAUAACCAUCAUAGACAUCAUCCAUGUACAAUGAUGCUGCCCCCCCCAAUCAUGGGAAAAGCCGCCACAGCUGAUGCAGGACAGGAAAUGACACACGUCUCAGGAAGCUGAGCACAAUGACAGUCCACUGAUCUUUUUUUAAUGCAGACAGUCUCUGUUUUUGUGGGAACAAGAUCGUCAGUGUGUUCUGCUGCAGCUAUAAACGGCAAAGAUUUCCUUGUUCCAUGAAAACAAGUCUGCACCUAUACCCUCAAUCCAGCGCCCAAGACUGUCAUGGACUUCCCCGUCUGCUCAGGGACCGGAUGCCGUCACAGAGAGGAAUGCUAUCAGAAUCAGAAAGAUCAAAGAGCUCUAUAAAUACAUUUCUACCGGAGGAUGGAGGGUUCGGGUGGUUUGCAGGGUCUGUCUUUGUUUUGAGGAGCGUUACCGUCGGACUUUUACGACACAAUGGCGCAUAAAACCUUUUCAAAGCAAAUCAUAAAACUCAGAAAUGCAUGACAUUCAUGGUGAAGCACAAAAAAAUCUCUUUUGCAUCUGAAGAAUAUUUUUCACCUGACAGUAUCAGUCUGGAUAAAAAGCAGACAUUGCAAACCCUCCAAAUAUGUCCUAAUAUGUGUUUUUGCUUGACCAAAAAUGAACUCUGUGCAACCCUUGGACUUAAAUCAGACUGGGCUCCUCUGAUUCGACCUUCAUCUCUAUCAGGUUUGCUGACUUUGAUCAAACAUGGUUCGUCUCUUCUAAUAGAAAAUAAUUCUAGUAGGCAAGUCAUUACACUGAUUUACAGGCAAUGAAAGAAGCCUGUUGUGGAUUCGACAUGAUAUGUAAUGGCAGUUUACAUUAUUUAAACCAAACCUGCAAUCAGUGUAAGCUCCAGUCCUGUAGCCCCUCUUCCCUGACCAUGACCUCGUGCCUGUUAGAAACCAACCAGCAACUGUGGCAGAGUGAUUGCAUGUGUAGGAGUGGAAAGGAGUAGAUGGAAGCUCAAACCUGCUGCUAUCACUUAAACUCUUGGACAGGAGGAUUUUCUCCUCUUAAGAUUGUUGGAAUGGAGAAUUCAGCGGGGAUCUCCGGCUGGCUUUGUCCUUGUGUGAAAAUGAAAGCUGGGGAGCAGUAGGAGAAGUCUGAGGAGACGCGAAGACAAACAGACAGUAGCCAGCUGUUUUAGUCUGUAAUCUACCAUUACAGACUAAAUAGAAAAUUGCAUUAAUCGCUGGUGUUGCGGGCCUUGGGUUUUAAAGAUAUGUCAGCCAGGGUGUGAAACUGUUUAAAAUCAUUGAGGCAUUGAAGUCCUGCCCAGAAGAAACAAAACAGUUUACUAGCCUGUAAAAUCCUCUCACCUCUCACAUUCUUCAUGGGCUGUGUUAGUUUUUCCUACACUCCUCCUGGAUUUUGAAGCACGUGGAUAUUGGAUCCAAAUCUACAAAUUAAGACUGAUAAAAGUUUUUUUUUUUUUUUAAAUAAAUAAAUAAGGUAAAGAUGGCAGGGUAAGUGGACACCCCCAUGAUCCGGUUUCACUAGAGGAAGAGUGAAGCUCAAUGGGCUGAAGGAGAAAAAAAAGAAACUUCUGGGCUAACUGGAGAGCAGGACAGAUCUCAAGUCACCUGGUGGUACAAAUGUAAAAGCUGUGAGGCUUUGAGAUGGACUUGGUUACAGCAUUAUUUCAGAACAUUUCUGAUUCAGAGGAAACUAGCAGAUCCCAACUAGAGUGUCCAGUCGUGCUGAAUGCCGCCGGUGUUUACCAACUUUCCUCAUUUUCAUAACAGAUCAAAAAAUGACACAACCCAUAGUCCGCACAAUAUGCUCAUCUUAUCAGAUUACACUGAGUGAGCUGUUGAAUACUGAGCUGAAAAAACAUACUCUCCAAAUAUUACCGUGCCAACCAGAUGGGUUCCUGGGGGAAAUUCAGGGAAAUUUAGGGCUUCAAAGAAAACCUCUGUCCUUUUCAGUACUUUGACAUAAGAAACCUCUUUUGAACAGUCUUUUAUAGAAAGAUUAUAUCAUCUGUUUGGUUAGUUAUGAUUAUGUCAGACUCCCCUCUCUUGUGGUAAGGCCAUUUGAUCUCCUGCACAACCCCCCAUAGAUGAGCUAAGAGCAAUGUCCUGACGGAUGCUAACACAACCAACAGUACUGUAAAAACAGAGAUAUUACAGUGGUUUGCUGUAAUUCUUUUACAGCAUAUUCUUCUAUCACACAAUUUCUCAUAAUGUGUAUCAACUUUAUACACUACUAAUAGCUGGACGUUAAAGGACAACUAACAAAAUGAUAAGUAAACUGCAACACUCUAAUACUUGCACCACAAGAUCACAUACUUUCCCGAUGACAUCCUUGUCUACAUCUACAGUCAAAAGAAAUUCAUCUGUAUUGUCCAUGCCUAGUUUGACCCGCACUGCUGCACCCAGCUGUGGUCCAGCUUUAAGAGCCAAUAAACGCGGAUCACUCUCACAUUUUAAGACGUCGGGUGCCGGCUGCGAACAAGAGGACUAUUGUAACAGAGUUACAAAGUCUCUUUUCAAAACACACUGUCACACACAUGUAUCAGACAAACCUGGAGGGACAGACACGAUUGGUACACUUCAACUUAAGAUGUGAAAGUAACAAAGUACUCCUGUUAUAGAUUAUUGAUGGUCUGUUGAACCCUCAUAGUCAGACAGCACUCAUUCUGCCAUAGCUACUAUAAUGGGCCAUUUUAUGUUAGCAUACUAACUUUCUGAUAUAUUCAAGUCUUUCAAUGUGUCAUUUCUAAAAAAACAAUGUUUUUGUAACGCCACUUGCAAACAUAAGCAUGACCAGCUUAUUGGCUUACUGUUGCAUUUUGAAACAACAUUUCUUUAUUGAAUUAUCUAACUUGAUUUGUGGGGUUAAAGGUGAGGCCAAGUUACACGGGGUGUUGUAUUUUGCCUAUAAGGUCAGGGCUGGUGUUAGCUUCUCACUAGUGGAGUAGAGUCAAAUUGCUCACCAGCAGCAUCAGACAAUGUUACAGGAGUUUCAAAAAGACAGUAAAUGUUGAUACUGAUAGCUUUAUUCUUGUUAAAAAGCAAUACCCUGACUACAGGCUUUGUAGGAUUUGUCUUUGAGUGGGAGAGUGCAUGGGUGGGAAGACAAAAGAAACACCUUUUAGGCCGUGUGUGAGACACAGAUUUCAAAAGUAGAGUCAUUAGAUAUUUUUGCGACCUUGCAGGUAUGUAGGCAGAAGAUACCGACCUUGUGUCAGUAUCUCUAGCUUCACUGUGUUAUCAUCAGUUGAAGCACAUGACGGGAGUGUAACCAAGGAUAUCCUUUGUCAUGUUUAGGCUUUAGGUGGUUGUUACACCAUGGGACUCUGAGGCUACGCUGAAUAAUAAGAAAUGAUGGAUUUUAUGAUCUUUUCAAGGCCUCACCCCUUUUCCUCAUGAAUCAAUAAAUCCCCCUUGCCUCUUUUUUAAAAAACCGUCAUGGACACACAUCAUGUUUUCCAAUUCGAUCAAACGUUUAAAUCUGAAAUCAUUUCACUGUACAUCCAAGAGUGUAUUCAUUCAAAAUUUGCAGACAUCAGUCAGGAAACGUUAUGGUCGAUGAAGGGGUCCUCAGGGUUGUAGGAAAAAUGUGACCAGUGUUGUGGGUCACCACAGCAACACCAUGUGUUCUCCAUCAGGCCCUGUUGUGAAAUGUACAUUGGGGGCCGGCUACAGAGGAAACAAUUAGGUUUUCUCCAAGUCCACGCACGUUAAUUCCACUUUUCUGAGAAAUUCAUGUCGUCAGUGCAGACUUUUUUUCCUGGGAAUGAGGAUUCACAGUCUUUGCAGUGGUGCAAUAUUUCUAAAGCAACCGGUUAUUUUGUAAUCUGGUGAGAUGUUUAGUCAUUUUGGCUUGUACAGGGUCAAAGUGAAAGAGUGCCCUCUAUCUCUCUCUCACUGGAAUAAUAAUUCGAUGCGAUUUUCACCCCAGAAGACACUGAUUCAGUCGGUAAAUCACAUCCAUACAUGCACAGACCUCUGCCCUGAUUUGCUCCCUUGCAAAAUGUAAAGGCAUGUGCUCUGCAGCUGGAGUCGCAGUGGGUGUUGCAUCCCCAUGUGGGGAAUGAAAAACUUUUCCAGACUGGCAAAAUUGGUCUUCGGGCUGGGAUAGCUGAAUGAGAAUGAUGGGUACAGAAUGAGGCCUUGAGGAUUACAUAGGUAUCCCCUAAACUAAUGUGACUGGCUGGAAUCCAUGUCAGUCAGAGCCAAGAUCACAGCUGGGAAUUUGUAUCCAAACCUCCUUCUCCAGACUCGGAUUUUCCCAUUGUUGUUCACUGCCUUAUUCCCCCAUGAGUAAUCACUUUUAAUGAUGUUGUGAAAACUGUGAAUUCACAGCACAACACUGUUUAUGGCUGCAGCAACCAAGUUUAUUUAUUAUGGAAGGAUCUACAGAUAAUGUCUAGCCAUGCAAAUGGAGGGGUUCAAUAUGUGGGUUGAUCGCUCCAUACAGAUGUUCAUGAUUCCCAGAUGUUGUAUAUGAUUGCCUGGUGUUACCCAUAUACCACAACUUUCUCACACUUUUUCACAGCUCCCUUGACCUUUCAGAUAUGUAUACUCAAAUAUAAUUAAACGCACAUAUAUUUGAGUGAAACUGACUUUUCCUUUCCUUUGUGAACUUUUACAAAGAGAGAUCUGUGCGUGUCAGACGAUCUACUGUAAGGAAGCUGUAAUUACAUUAUAAUCUCAGCGAUGCAUGUAACUGUAGGAUUAUAAAGGCAACACCCAUGAUGGGCGUCAUUACAUGCAGACAUACUCUCAGACAGGAAUGGUCACACGAUACAGACACACAGGUGGUCGGUCUCAGAGGUGAGGGCAACACCUCAUUUUAGACAUUUCACUUGUCACAUAUACACAUGCAUACAUGCAGGCAGGCUGCAGCUGUGUCUUGUUUAGACACAUGUGUGCUGAGAACCCAGACUUGGGAUGUCUCAUUCCACGAACGUGAGGCAAUAGCACAGGUGUCAGGCCCUGCAGACCCCUGGGAUAGCCAGAGGUCCAAGCUGUUCUGCUCCCAGCCUGGGAUCCCACCUCCAGUCUUAAUCUUCAACACACACUCUCAACACAUCCAGCCCCUCUCUCUCUCUCUUCUUCUCCUCUCAAAUACACACCACAGGUCAUUAGCCCUUUCUUUGGUCUGGAUGCUGUCAGGUCCCUGGCACAUGUGUGAGCACGUGUUCGGUGAAAAAAGACAAACAUGCAUGCAGAAAAAUUAGCUAAGAGUCUAAACACAUUAAUUCUAACAUAAACUUGUCUCAAGUUGGCCCAGCCGCUCUGUUCCUGAAAUUUCAAACAAAGGAGAGCAGCAGACCUCCAUGAAAAACAAAGCAAGUGACAAGACAGAGCAGAUGUUAGUGUGAAUGUCAUGUGUUGUAUCCCUCCACUUCAUCUUCUUCCCUUUGCACGUGAGAAUUGUUAAGCAGACGACUCAGAGGGGGUUGUUUUUGCACCAAGGCAAAUGAUGUUUUCACAAAUUUGGCCGAAAGUUCAUCUCCAUUCAAACUUCCUGAGAAAAAAAAUUAUCUUUUUUUUUCAUCUUUUGGGCUGUUACACCUCCAGUUCAGUCUAUAUGGCCUUGAAGCUUUUUCUGUGACCUUCAGAGCAUCAUUGUAUAUCCGCUCUGAUCGUCAAAUACAACAUUUUCAUCCAGCCGGAGAUUCAGAAAUCUGACCUCGUGGACUUCAGCCAAGAGAUCUAAACACACUAAUAGAUAUCUAAACAUCAUCUACAGCUGUUUAUUUAUUCAGCCUGAGUCCUCCUCAGGGGUAUCCAGUUAAGGAACCUCUUUGUCUCCCUCAGGCCUCCCCUCUUACCCCUGAUAUCCCCCUCUCUAUCCCUCCAGGGGAGGUGAGCCUUGUUUCCCCCCAGGGUAUAAUGUAAAAAGGAUACAGAUCUCCAGGAAAUGAGUCCAAGAAAAUGUAUCCAAGGGAAACAUGUGAGCUGGGUCGCAGAGCAGGGGCACCAAAUCUACCAGAGUGUCUGAGCCUGAAUGUGGGAGCCUAAGAAGAAGGCAAACCUUUCUUGGUCUCCUCUCUUUCUUCCAUACUUCUUCAUUUCCUUGAGAUCUCUUUCUUUUCAAACUUCCUGUAGUCUUGUCUUUUCUCUUUUUAUUUCCAUUUUCUCUUACUUUAGUCUUUCAGCAGUAGACCUGCUGAAAAGCUGCUGAAAAAAGAAGUAACACCCCCUGAAACACCUCAUAGUGUUUGUGGGUGAAACUGUUUGGCUCAGGAAUUGGGGACACCAUGUCCUACAAAACUUAUUUCAUGCUGUGAUCGGCCACAUCUGCAGAAGAGGGGGAUGAGAGCCGGAUAUGAUCUUUCCAUACAAUUCCUCUUUUUUAUUUAUCGUAUGUAUAAAACAAGCACAACAGCAAAAAGUCCAGAUGGUUGUAACCCAGUUUUUUCAGAUACGACUUCACCCCCAUCUGUAUGACAGCAAUUUCCUUUAAGUCUUAAAAGCUUUAUAAGGUGUCCACUAGUUUUGGGCACACACACUUGCUCGACAUCCCAAACUGUAACAGAGACCCUCACUAUAAUCUCAGACUCACCAGGAAGAGUUUACAUUAGUAGGUGUUAAGUCAAAGUAAGUGCACUCACUCUGGUAUGCAGAUGUUUCUCUGAAGGUCUCUGUCAGUGACCUGUCCUAAACUGAUGAUAUCACUGCUGUCUUUCCCCAGUUCAACCCUCUCUGUUUAGAUUAAAACGUUGUUUCUGGGCCUCCAAAACUGUAGGUACUAACAGUCUUUGAAAGUCAGGGUAAAUAUGUCAGCAAAAGUUUUUAUGAAAGCCAUAAUUGAAUGCACAUGUGUCUAAAGGAUAUAGGUAUCUUUUGCAGGAGCAUCAAGGUCUGUCUUUAACUUUUAAGACAAACUGAUAAAUUAAAGCUUAUUCAUUCAAGGUAUUACUCUAAAAUAUCGACAUCAUUAAAUUAGACUAACCUUUGUUGUUCCAACUUCAUUUUGCUUGUCUGUAAGCUUUAAUUUUUACUUCCUGUAAUCUUUUCUCAUACCUCCUUAUCUUUGAAUUAAUGUCAAAAUUAGUGACUUUUCAUUUUUUAUUUAAAAGACAAAUCAAAAAAUGUCCUCCAGUGUCCUAGUUUUUUUAGGACAGACAGAUAGAAUAACAGAGGGCACUUCCGGCCAGUUGUUUAUUGAUUUAUUUUAUUCCUCUGCGGGGUCAGAGGUUUGUGCACUGGGCUGUGUGUUCCCAUCCUGUUGUUAGCGGGUUGUUCCCAAAACCGUCCACCCCCGGGGACAGUCUGGGUCCAGAUGAAAUUUAUGGUGUCAGGCAGGGGGGGACUUUUAAUAGAUUUUUGUUUCAGGAAUGAGAAAUACAAACACACCCACGUACACACAGGAAGGGUUAGAGGGUUUAGGGUUAGUGCAUUUUGAGGAGGGGUUUUCUCAGAGAACCUUCAAUAAACACACACAUGUCAUCAGUGUUUUAUGAAAGAAAUAUAGUCACAAUGUAAAUGUGAAAAUAUAUUACAGAGAAAUACAUUUCCUUAAACUUUGGACAGCUCAUACACUUUAGGUGUAGGCAUGUUUGGGUGUGAGGCGAAAUGGUUUGGGGUAGAGGGAUGAAGAAAAGACACACUGAGCUUCUUUUGAACAUCUAAAGUAGUUAAAUAGCUUUUAAAAUGAGCCUUCACUUUGAUAGGAUGGCUCAAGGCAGAGACAACAAUUGUGCAGAGAAAGUGGAACAUCACAUGCACCACAUCAUGUUGGUAUGAUCAGUGUAUCAAGAACUGCACCCACUGUACAUGGGAGUACCUGCUCUAAUAACUGAACUAAAUCUGCACCCUUGCUGUUACUGUUGUAAGGAAUAUAUCAGAUGCUAGCAUAAAAAGUUAAUUAUCCGUGACACAUGAAUUAUGCACAUGCAAUGACAGCCUUAGCACACCAACAACAAGCUUCAAUAUGUUGGAGGGAAAGAGCAGAGGAGCUGUUUGCUGUGCUUGUCAAGUGCGAGUGAUAGAAGAAGGAGCUAAUCCCACACCUGGAUCUCCCUCUACAGCAUCCAGAUAUUCAAUGACUUGUUUAGUUAAGAUGUUGGGAGCUUCUACCAUCUUUCUCCUCAUUUGGCCUCUCACAUAGCAGGCUUUACAUAGAAACUGUCCAAAAUUCUCCUCACACAUUCCUGCACCUGCAAAAGAUACCGCUCGAGCAUCUCCCUGUCUGUGAUAAAUAAUAAAUAAAAGAACGGGAUAAUCCGUAGGUAAGAUAAACAUCUGAUCAGUAGGGGAGAUCUAUGUUCGUGUUUAUUUCUGCUUUUAAGGAUUUAUUAUGACGGCAGACUUAUCGAGAAAAGUCUCAAUUUUUUUUUCUCAUGAGCAGCAUCUCAUCAUCCGACACCUCAGCCUCACUUAGUUCACUGAACUAGUGUGUGUGUGUGUGUGUGUUUAUGUGUUGUGUGUGUGUGUGGUAGUUUAUGCCUGUGAAAUGAGGUGAGAGGUGAUGGGAUAAAAAGCAGACACCAGUUGGCUCAGCAGUGUGAGGAGGGUGGGUGUUUUAUUACUAUUUUAUGGUUUUUUCCCCCAGUCUGUUCUUAUUAAGGACCGCUCAGAUUUUAUCAACUUUGGCGCCCCCUCUGGUCAAAGCCUCUAAAGCCUCAAUAUAAAUUUCAGUCUCUUUCUUAGAUGUCAAAAAACUCCAACAGGAGCUUUAAAAGUAAUAUUUUAAAUUCCCAAAAGGUGAUAGAUUAUUCCCACAACAGGCAACUACAGCCUAAAAUAAGUUUAAAAAAAGUAACCUACAAUAACAAAAUAUCUGUUAUUUAUUGCACUUUAGAGAGGUUGUUGUCAAAUUCUCUGAGAGUGAAGAUGAAACAGUUAUUGAUGGUGUUUUUAUCAUCUUAAGGCAGAAGAAUAGAGAAUGUCAAAUGCUUUACAGUCUGUAAACCACUCUGUUAAAUUUACUCUUUUCAUCUUUGACUGUAUGCAGAUAAUGAAAAAGCCUUUACUCGACAGUCUACCACGCUGCAGUCACUCCGCUCCAUUCAGAGGUCAAACCUUUGGAGAUUAUGGGUCAGCCGAGAUCUACCUCUGGCCUGCCUCAUUUCCUCCUCCUCCCUCUGUGGCUCUAGUAGAUUGGGCCGCUGAUUGAUGGCUCUAUGUCUCCCAUUAUGGAGCUCACGAGACCAGAAGGCUGAAGGUAUGACGUUAGGCGGCUGUGACAGGAAGAAAAAUAAAGGAGCUCAGACAGAUACAAAUAAAAAAAAAAGCUUGAGGGCAGCGCGUGUCUCUUGAGCUUCUUAAUCUGGUCAAGUCAUGACCAAUCUUCAAAGACAGGGAGGAACGCAGACCUAACCAGACAUGCAUGUCAAAGAGUUCGAUUUGUCCUUUAGUGAGUUCCAAGACAUGAUGAUUUCCUCUAAAUUCAGGGUUAAAACUAGUUCAGGGUUUCACGCUGUACUGUCAAAGAAAGCCCCCAGUACCUCUCAUGUUGUUUACCAUUACUUCUGUACCACCUCUGAAGACUUCUCCUGCUGUUUCAAAAACCCAGUGUAGCUUUUUCUCCACUUCUGAUUUAUCGACUUAAAUGUUGUCAUUUCCAGCACGAACAGGAAGGGAAAGAAUACCUGUAGAAAAGGGAGGUCGAGAAAAGCUGCAGAGGGAUAUAAGAGCACUUAUGAAUACAGAGAGCAGGGGAGGGUAUGUCGGGUGGAAGUUGUGAGUGCAGAUAAGAGCGGGGAGUAUGGAGGUGCAGAGGAAGUGAAGCUGUGGAGGACUGGCAAUUAAAGAGUGGGGGGACCGGAGAGAAAUCUGCUAGAGGAAACGAGUCUUGACAUAAUCAAUCAUGCUAGUUGGAGAGCUUAAACACUCAAGGACCAACACUCUCCAAGUGUGAACUCAAUUUUACAAGUUUUAAAGGAAAAAGUGUGACAACCUUGUAAAGAAUGAAACUUUCAUUUGCAUUGUCACCAAGAAAUAUCAGGAAAUUGUGGCAUAAGUGAUUCAGACAGUGUUUGGCAACAACCAAAGCUUUUCCUUGACAUAUAAAGAAAGAACAGGUUAUGUUUCUGGCAGGUUUCUUUUCCCCUCAGAACUAAUAUUGUGUAGCUCAGAAAAAAAGACUGACCUACUUUGAACUGAUCAAACAUUUAAAAACCCAUAUAAACUCAUAAUACAAUCCAAUACACAUCUGAGGGCUGAACUCAUACUUAUAUAGGUCUUAAUAUGAAACAUUUUACAGUACUCUAGAGAACUUUGUGGCAGCUGUGCACUCUCUUUCCAUGGUAAAUUUGGUAUUCACACUGACUGAUCAGAGGCUGACCCGUUAAACAUUCAGUCAGAGGCCAGUGCAGCCGGACAAUUUCAUUUUAAGAUAAUGAAAAUAUUAUCCUGUCAAUCAAAGUGUCUGUUUUAUAGCUAUCUUGAUUAUAAUUGCUUUCUGGAUUUAAAAAAAAAAGAAAAAAAACAACAGAAGGUAAUCUCAUAAUCAGGGUUGUCCUGUAGUGUGGUAAUUUAGUUAACUCUUGGGUGUUGUUAUCUGCUAACAUAACAAUGUGGUGAGCUUAAAUGACUCUAAAACAAAUAAAUAGCAUCACAAGGGUGUUUGAGGUCAACUUCGAAGGUCUUAGUCAAAAUACCACACAUGCAAAAAUAACAUUUUUACCCAGAAGAACAAAGACUACAAGGAUCCCAGCAGGGGGCGUUCUUGUAACACACAAAGUCCAUUUUCAUGCACCAACUCCAGACAAUGUCCAGACAUUUAGCUCCUGAAUUUAUUCAGGAUAUUGUACAUCGCUCACACAACAUUUUCCUGUUAACUAAACUGUAACUAAUCAAAACUCUCACUUUGCUUCAGUCAAAUGUUGGUUUACAGUUGUUUUUUAAAUAUAAAGGAGUGAGUGUGAGAAGUCUUUGGCUUAAUCCUGCAAGAUUGCUUACACACACACACACACACACACACAAAUGCACAAGUAUGCACUUGGAAAUACCGCAGGGUUAUCAGCUAUAAAGGAGGACUGGUAUUUAUCAGCCCUUAUUUUAAACUCAUGCAGAAAGACACAGGCCAGUGCGCUUGGCGUGCUUAAGACAAGGAUCUCUCAUGCUCUUGCAUGUUUAUACACACCCAUACAUACCCACAUAUACACAUACAAACACACAGUUAAUUGCAGAGUAACGACCCUUUGAACUAUCAUACCAUGUCUCUGUUGUUGAUACACAUCCUCCUUUUUGUGAAUUAUAGCGAAAUGAUUAUUUUGACAGAAUCACCUUCUUUAGAAAAUCUGUCAGCUCGAUCAGAUCACCCAAAUUAUGAGUGAAGUUAGUGUCAGCAGAGUUGAUCUUGUCCUCUACUCCUGAAGGGCUUUUUUUCUUUUGAACCUAAAAUUUUAUUGUUAAAAAAUCUGCAGAAUUAAUCUAAUCCACAGUCUUGAUGAUGACAAACUGCUCAGUUUGAGUAUUUUUUCUUUUUCUUUUAAAUCAAGAACAAACACACCUAAUUUCACUUCUUAAAUGCUGUUAUUCAUGUCUUCAGUGAUGAUUUUCAAAGUUUUUUUUGAGGUUGUAUUUGAUAAGUCAGAGAGGACAGGACCGUGGAUAGAGCAGGAAUCUGGGAGAGAGGGAGGGAAGCCACAUUUGAUAAAGGGACCUCAGGUUGGACUCUGUUUUUACCACUAGAGGGCUUGGUGUACUUAAACUUCCAGGCCAAUGGCGCCCCCCAGAGAUACCUGUUAAUCUAAACAUCAGCUCAUUUUGAACACCAGAAUCAGCUAAAUAUCGAGGCCUGGUUGAGCAGGUUGAUUGAUUUUAUCUGGACAUAAACACCCCAGAUUUGAAAAUCCACCAUCUUUUGUCCUUCCAGGAUCUAUUUACUUCAUCAUACAAUUUUCUUACAACCUGUUUUGUCAAAGAAGUGAACAGAAUCAGUCUAAUCCAGAUAAAGACUUACAAGUAUUACCUAAUCACCUCAUUUGAGUGCAACUUUAUAUGAUGUACUUUGUAGACAGGAGUCUCCAAAACCCACACAAACUGCAGGUUUCUUACAGUUCUGUGAAAUUAAAUAUUUGACCGAUGUCACUCUGUGACUUACUUUAUUGGGACAAAGUCCUUGAUUUUUUCAACAACCGUUUGUCUACUUUAGUGUCUAACUGUAGUGAUAGAGCAUUCAAGUACCGAACAGAUAAAAAAGGUCUUGAUAACAAAUAUUAGAAAUGACAAAGUAAUAAUAAAAAUGUUUUUUGAGGCGUUUUAAAUUUGUUUUAAAUUUUAAAUCUACCUAUUUUUUGUGGUCAAAGUCUUUGUUGUCCUAUUCGAAAGUUUGAAAACUCGGAUCAUGUUACGCAAUUUCAUCCAAUCCUGAAAUAUUUUUUCCGCUUUUGAACAACCAUAGUUCAAGAUUUGACAUUGUCUGGAGGUUUCUCUUUAAACAACAAAGUUUUUAGCAAACGUAGUUGCGCAGCCUCCUGUCUCUGUCUCUAUAAGACCUCAUGCAGACCUUAAGAAUCGAUGAUAUAGUUUUUAAUAGUACAAUAUGUGUUGUAACUCCUGCUGUCUUUCCCCAUGAGGUAGCAGUUUUUCUUGUACUUCAGAAUCAACAUUAUGGAGAUGUUGACACCACUGUGGAAAAAAAGUCUGGAUUGAACCUUAUGAACCUGGUUGAUCCAGUCUCCUGACUGUUUUUACGUAUAAAUAGGGGAUUUCACUGCACAGACUAUAUGACACACCCACCGAGUAUCCAUGGAGUUGUUUUGACAGCACUGUUGUUGGCUGGUGUCAGCUCUAUAGGCAGCAGCUGCAGGGUUGAGAUGAGGCAGGAGACAAAACACACUUGUUCUGUCCCAAAAAGCUUCCUGUAGACAAAGCUCCAACUACCACACACACACAAACACACACACACAUGCAGACACAUGUAUCAACCAUUUAUGUGAGUUCAUCUGAGGCUUUAUCUCACCCUCUCUGCACAUGAUUUGUCUGUGAGCUUGUUUGAAUUGUUGUUUGACAUUAUUUAGACUCUCUGCUGUUUUACAAAGUCCUUCGAGACACUUGAAACAACAAGGCCAAGAGCAUUUUUUCAAUGCAGAGACAAACAACAUCUCUGUGUUUGUUGGUUCUCACAGGAACUCUGCCAGGCCCUAAAACCUCAAAGGUCAUCACUUACUGACCCCAUGACCUUCCAGACCAUGGAUACUUUACCAAUUCCCAUGAUGUCUUUGCCCUCUUCUUUGACCCUUAUAAAGUAUUGUACCUCAUAUUUUCCACUUUCUUUACUGCUGUCCUUCCUUGAGCUGGUCUCUUUAGCCAGCAUCUCAUCACUCUCGUAUGUGCAGAGGGUGAACACAGCUGCAUCCCUUUGAGACAUGUUUGUGUCUUCACCACUUAAACCAAACCGGUUGUUUUCUGUUGUGCUAAGCAGCUCUGGUUUUUGCUUGUAUCCAGCUUUUUUGAGACAACAUUUUUUUGCAGAUAAAACACACAUCUAUUAUUAUUAAUUUGAUAAAACUGACAUAUUUAAAAACAGCACAUGCUUGGAGAACAGACACAUGCCUUUGCCAUGUUUCAUCCAGGUUUAGAUUUUCCCUCUGUCCUGUCUGCUUGCCUGGCUUCUCUCUGUCAUUACUCUAAGUAUAACAAUCAGAUUGUUAUAUUUAGCUCGCAGAUAAUUGAGCUAUCUGAAGUUUCAAACAGGAGACAAUUAAAAGUCCUUCAGUCUGGCUUUAAAGUUUAUUUAGCCUCCUUGAGUCCUUGGUUUUAUUAAGGCAACAGUAGACAGCAGAGUGCUUCGUUAUCUCAUCUCUGUCAGGCUGGUUUUAGAACAAUAAACAAGAACACACUGAGCAAUUUCUGAGAAAUCCUCAGAGUAUCUGCUAGAUCAUCUGAAAAUAAAUGUCCAGGAUUUGGUUCUAUCCUGUUUCCUCUUUGUUUUUUGCUCAGAGUCAGGCUGUAAUAGUUUAUUUAUUCUCAUUAGCUGUGGUCGGCAUUGGCAGUUGCAGGUACUGUGUUUCACCACUAGAUGGGUGUAGAGAGCUUAUUGGGAUGAUUCUAAUUAGUCAGAAAGGAGUGUGGCUCCCCCUUGUGAAGCAGUUAGAAAUUACAGGCAGAACUGGACAAGUUUUUAAUUGUUUUUAAUUAUCAGGUUUGUUGGGCUGACAUAAAUGAUUGCAUUGUUGUGAUACUUGCUUUCUUCUGUCUUUUUCCCCUCUGAUUCUUCUGUUUUCAAAGAGUGGGUUGUUUUGUUUGUUACUCUAGAUACCAUCAAGAUAAGCUUGGUAUCAUUUUCAAACUCCCAUCAUGCAUAACAUCAUGAUUUGAUAGAAUUUCAAUGAUUGUUGACUCUUCUUCAGGAGCCUCCAAACUCUGAGAAAACAGUGUAUUUUGUGUAUUUUAUCACUUAGCUGAAGCUAAUGAACUACUUUUUAAAAUUGAUUUACCAUCUAAUCUCAGGGUGCCCCAGGGCCUCUUGGUCCCCAGGGUCCCCAGGGACCUCCAGGGCGAACAGGUGAUCCAGGUAUUCAAGGCCCAAAGGGGCACAAGGGUGACCGUGGCCGUGGAGGCGCCUUAGGUCCCAAAGGAAAUGUGGUAAAGUAUUUUUCUGUUGUUUGAGUGACGAACUUCUCAACCAGCUUGUUUUUGUCUACUUGUUUUUAAUCUGUGAUUGUUGUGGCUCAACAGGGAAUGACUGGCGUUCCUGGGUUUUCUGGAAACGAUGGCAUUCCUGUAAGUCUUUCCAUCCAUAAAACACAAAUGACUUUGUGCAUCGAUCUGCCUCUUCUUCUAACUGUUGUCAUUUCAUAAAACUCUGUCUGCAGGGACACCCAGGGCAAGCUGGCCCCAGAGGGAAGCCAGGUGCUGACGGCUGCAAUGGUACAGUUGGUGAUGGAGGGUUUCCAGGGGAACCUGGCUAUAAUGGUUUACCUGGUUAUCAGGUAAGUGUAGCAAUGAACCUCCCUGGAUUUUAAAGAGUAACCAGAUUUCCAUUAAACACCACAUUAGCUGUCAUUUCACACUCAUCCAUCUCCUCUUUUUUUCUUGUUUCCAUCUCUCAGGGACAACCAGGCAGGAAGGGAGAGAAGGGAGACUCUCUGGAGCUGAGUGUGUACAUGGAGCGUUUCAGGGUGAGGAAGAGGAGUGUAAAAGUCCUGGCUUAAAAAAGUUCUUCUUUAUACUUGACAUUGCUAAAACAACAACAUUUACAUGUUACCGACCUUAUGAGAUUUUUGUAUUUCUUUCAACAGGGAGAUCCAGGGACACCAGGAUCCUAUGGGAUAACUGUGAGACUCAUUGUUAAAAUGAUUUAAUUCUGUCAGCUGCUAUGACCAUUUUAUUCUUCCUUCACAUAAUCCUGUAUAAUGAACAGAUCAUAGACCAAAUCAUACCUGAGGCUUACUUUUAUGUAUCUUUCCUGCUCUGUCAAUCUUGACUGUUAUUCUCUCAUCUUCUCAGGGGCCUCAAGGAAACCGAGGGUGGCAGGGUAACAGAGGACUCCAAGGACCCAAGGUAAGUGUAUCUGUACGAUUGUGCAAAAAGUUUUUGUUUAGAGCAUCAUUUUUCCAAAAUGAUAUUAUAUCUAUUAUGGCACUCAUUUACAUUCUGUUUGUGGUUUUGUGUAGGGCCCCACAGGUCCUCCAGGUCCCCGUGGACCAAAGGUAAGGCAACAACUGUGUGUUUGAUAGACAGAAAAAACACAUUUUACCACACUGCAAAGGUUUAUCUUGUCUCAUCAAAUAUUGACACAAAUGUAUGAUAGCAGCAGUGUUGAGUGUGUUUUGUCUCUCCUGUUUAGGGCACCAUGACCAAAGUGCUUAAAGGACUCAGAGGAGAUCAAGUAAGUAAUAAAUGACUGCCAAAAAUAUGAAUAUCUGUUUUUCUAUUUGACUCCGCUGACUGUUGUUGCACUUCCAUUUAACACCACAGGGGGACAUCGGACCACCAGGGCUUCCAGGAAACUCUACUCACCCUCAUACACAGCCCCCCUAUGGCCCCCCGGUCUGUACAUCAGGAUGAGUCCAUCUUUACUUAUGAACCUGUUUUAUUACGUCAGAAAAUAUCUCCAGAAUUUAAAGUAGAUGAGAUUGUUGAAGACGCUCUUUGAGUCAUUCUUAUAUCCUCUUUGUUUGUCAUUUUAGGGUCCCCCAGGACCUACUGGAGAGAAAGGCUUACCAGGACAAAAAGGAGAUCUGGUAUCUCAUCAAUUUGAACAGAUUUUACACAUUUUCAAUCAUGCAUGACACGAACAACUCAGAAUCAGCUCAUUCGUUCUUUGUUGGUUUAUUACAGGCUGACAACAAAGGAGAGACUGGUGUGAUGGGGUUCCCAGGACCAAGGGUGAGCAUGGGCUCGUUUCUACGCUUUUAACCAAGAGACAGUCCAGCAGCUGUGUGUUAUAACCUUACAAUGCUCUGUUUUUGAUCCUGUUUAAGGGCCAACCUGGUAUUGAUGGUAUUCCUGGAGAAAGGGUAUGUUCAUGUAGAAAAUGAGAGAUAACAAAAUUUGAUUUAACCAGAAACUGUGUGUUAAGCUAUGAUUUACCGCUGGCUUCUCAUUCAGGGAGUUGAUGGUGAACAGGGACCAAAAGGCAGAGAUGGCCAAAAGGUGAGAACAUACAUAACCCUGAUCCUAAAGCAUGUAUAUUUUACCACUGUGUAACUGAAAUUCAAAGGUCAGUUAAAAAAUAAGCCAUUCUUGCAAAUUUCCUGGAUAUAUAUUUAUAUUUUAUAGUUAACACAAUAUUUUGGAAGAAAAUAAGGAGACAGAAUUAAAGUAUAAUGGUACAUUCAUGGCUCAAUUUAAUAUUUGUCUCACUUUGGUUUUGAAACUAGCUCAGAUUUACACAAACUGAAACCAUUCAAACACUUUUUAAUCCUCAUAGCUGUUUCUAAGCCCCUGAGGUAGAUCCUAGAUUUCCUGCAAUCAUGAACAUAUCAAGUCAUCCAGAAUAAUCUAGUCAAAAGUUGUUACGCACCCAUGGACAUGUCUUUUAGUAUUUCAAUAAUCUUCACACCUUGUUACCUCUAUCAGUUUGAAAUAAGCUGAUUUAAACACCUGUUAAUCUACUAAAGGGAUUUAAGGAAGGAUGGUUUUGAUCACAAGUCAGAAAUAAUUUGUUUUGUCAGGAAAGUUGCUUCUUUGGUUGUUAGCCAGUAGCAACACGGGAGCUACAGACUCAGAUUACAGCUGACCUGUCAUUUUUCAAACUGGUUUUAGUCUGUACGGACACUACAGCUCAGAUUAAGUAUGUCACUGACUACAGACUGUUUUGCUCAUUUUAACCACCACAUCAUAAGCCCCCUGUUUGACAUCCCAUUGAAACUUUGUGUGAAUUUAGCCAGAACCCAAUGUGACAGGAAAGGAAACACAAACAGGGUUUGGUAUGACAAACAGGAUGUGUGUCACAGUCAAUUUCAAACUAUGUGUUCACACCCAGCCUGAAAUCACAUUUAGAAACUCCUGAUACUGAAAAACUGAAAUGAAACUGUUUUUUCUUUUCUUUUAGGGAAUCAGGGGAGAUGCAGGAGAACUGAUUUCAGGUGGCUUAUGGCCUUGGUCUUCUGGAGGUAAGUGAACUAGUACUAGAAAAAACACAACAUUUCUCCAUCUAAUAAAAAGAGGAAGAUCAUGCAGAUGACACUCUCUGCUCUAAAAAAUAUGACAUGACGUCUAGUUGUCACGCACAUGAAGUGAAACUCUGGGGUAAUUUGUAACAUCACUAGAGUUCAGCACAGAGCCAGAGGUCAGGUGCUUAAAACUAAUAUAGAAACUGAUGACGGUCAGUGAAAUGUAGUUUCACACACACAUUAAACUCGGGACAGUCGAGCAUUUCUUAUUCAGCAUGACACAGCAGAGCAGGUCAGAGGCAGUGAUAAUAAGUGAUUACUCCCUACUAGUUUAAAAGAAAGCACAAUCACAAUCAUGGUCAUAUAUUCAAAAGAUAUAAAUAUAUAUAAAUAUAAACUGUCCUUAAUCCUUUAUGUAGAAUCUUCCUCAGUAACUUCACCUCAUAAAAGGAGAUUGAGACAGAGUGUCAGUGUUGAUUCAAGAUUCUUGGAAACUUUUCACUCAAAUGAUAAUAUCUGUCUUUAACAAUGCUUUGACUUGAUUAGGUGGUGCUCCUGGUCCUCCUGGUGAGCAGGGUCCUCAAGGAGAAAGAGGCCCAGUUGGAGACCAAGGCCUUCCCGGACCCCCAGGACGCUCAGCCUCUACAUCACAGCAGCUAGGUCUGUAUAAGGAAGCUCAUCUGACAAAAAUAAACCAGUCCACACUUCAUUCAUAAUUAGCAGACCUGACUUUUUAAAUCCACUCUGUAUCUGUCAGUGCUGGAUUUCAUCGGGCCGUUUGGCAUAAAGGGAGAGAAGGGAGAUAAAGGCCAACAAGGAGACCCUGGGUUUCCCGCUAUCAGUGCUGGACCCCCUGGCAGCGAGGGGCGCCCAGGAGAAAGGGGUCCACCAGGUCCAAAAGGAUCAUGUAAGUUAGUGUGUGAAUGAGUGAGACUGCAUUUUUAUAAAAUGUGAACAGUGUGUCCUUUACCUUUAUUGUCUUAUAUAUCUCUAUGUAUGUACCUGUGUUUCUGUGUGUCUGUAGGGGCCGAAUUUUUCAAGGGAGCCCCUGGAAGGAGAGGAAGACCAGGCAAUGCCGGCUUGAGAGGAAUGAAAGGUGCUGUAGGCUAAAAGUGAUUGGUGGACUUAAUAACAUACCAACGAUACUGACCUGUGCCUGCAAUGGUGCUUUUGUUUAGGUGACCAUGGGGUGUGUGAAUGCAGCAUUGUUCACUCUAAAGUGGGGCCACAGGGUCCUGCUGGGGACACUGGUGAUCAUGGAAUGACUGGAGAGUAUGGUCAAGAAGGAGACGUAGGAGAUCCUGGUCCUCAAGGAGACGAUGGUGUCUCAGUGAGUUAGAUUAAGUCUCAGUAUCUUUGUCGUCUAAACUCUCAAACCUUUGUGUCCUCAGACGUGUCUUUGCUGUCUUGCAGGGAUUUCCUGGUAUCAGUGGUGUUCCAGGUCCGAAAGGUCGCAAAGGAGAGCCGAGUGUGGCUGCACAGAAAGGUGUGGUGUACCUGUCAUUUCAUCUUGUAUCAGACCACCAUCUUUGGGGGGACAGAGUGGGCCUGAACACAUAUAAUUGCUUCUGCUCUCUGAAUGCAUACUGUAUUUGUGAAUGUGUAGUUGUGACUUAAGCUUGUAAACUGGUGAUUGCUGCAGGGGCCCCUGGAGACCAAGGGGCUAUCGGGCGAGAGGGUCUGUCAGGAUCACCUGGUGCUCCAGGACGAAGUGGAUUACCUGGUUUCCCUGGGAGCAGAGGUCCUUCAGUGAGUCCACCACACCUUAUCUCCAUUGUGAAAAUUUCAUAUUGAACUUAAGUUUCCUGUGAGGAGAUUUUAGCUGGUUAAGAGACAGACUGGAUAAGUGAUCACCCCAUAAGUUAUUAAAGAAGACAAUCAACAGAAGAAACACGUUGAAAAGCUUAUUUUGGAAACUAUCUAUAAAUCACUAAAGUUUACACUUAUAUUGAGAGAGGAAAGAAAGGGUUCUGACAGUCAGGUCUUAAUACACCCCUCAGAGCUCUGGUACUCCUAGGGGUGAGAAGCGUUAAUACUGCACUCCACUCAAGGUGUCCAUCUUGGCAGUUUUUGGUAGUUUAUACCCCCUUUAGGAUGUUGUUGGAAAAUGUGGUGGUGUUUUAUUUCCUCUCAUGAAAAAUGACAAGUGUGGCCCACAGUUUGGUGAUUUUGCUGGCCGAUGUUCACAGGGAGAAGCCCCCCGUGGACUAGCUGGUGACAAAGGUAACCCAGGUCUGCCCGGUCGACCCGGCGCAGCUGGUCUGAGAGGUGAGCCAGGUCCAGACUUUAACGGCGUCAAAGGACAGCGUGGUUUACCUGGUGAUGACGGUCUUGCGGGAUAUCAAGGUGUCCCUGGAACACCUGGAGCCCCAGGUAAGCAGCAGCUGUCUGCUCCUUCAUCUACUUUUGUUAUAUCUUAAAUUGUUUUUGCAUAAUUUUUCCUCCAAUGCUUUAUCUCUUAACAGAAAAUUGACCAGUUUCCCCUCUGUGUAAAUACUCUCUGUCAUGGUUUAAUACAAGCAGUGAAAUGGGAAUGAAACAUGAAUGGCUCGUCAUUUAAAACAAACGGGAAGCAUGAAGAAGUAUAAUUUGCUGUUAUAUUUACUUUCUUUCUUCACUUCUUGUCGACACCUCGAUGCAGAGGCUGCAUCCCUCAAACCAGCCACAGCUGAGCUUGUUUGAGUUAAUGCUUGUGCUUCUGAAUAACCCUUGUUUCGAAUGCCUCUCUCUUUCGUUUUCCUCUCAUUCGCAUCUUGAAGGCAGCUGUAAUCCAAGAGGAGAUGGAGGACAGGUGGAUGUAACAGGUAGCGGGAAUAAAAAUGUUUUCACCCUAUUUCCCCCUUUAUAACAACCUUUUUGAGCUUCGCCUUCAGCAUGAUUUUUUAAUAAAUAAUUAAAUAGUUGAACAAGUGAGUUACCAGCUAAUGUUAAGAAGAAAAAAAAGUACAUUCACAACAAUCCACGCUGGGCAGCGGACAAAAAUCACUUGCACUUGAUUUGUCAUUUCUGCUUAAACAUUUUCCAUGUUUACGUAAAACCAUGAUGUGUUGUUAAAUCUCUGAUUCUGUAAUAAUCUUUUUAGGUUCUUGUAGUCCUGUUCCAGGACCUCCUGGACCUUCUGGUCUUCCAGGACUUGCUGGAUUACCAGGUUCCCCAGGUAACACAAUAAGAUGUGGUGCUGAAUGUUGCCUUCAGACUACAAUCUAUGAAUGAUUUUAGAUAAAUGAUUGUAUCAUGGGGUCCUUUUAACAGGUGCUCCAGGCCUAAGAGGACCACAGGGUUUAUUUGGACCUGUGGGGGAGAAAGGAGAAAAAGGAGAGCAAGGCAUAGGUGGCUCUACUGGACCUCCAGGUAAGGGAUGACAAGGAAACAAGUCCUGGAAGAUAGUUAUAUAUUUUUAACACCUUAUUUUUUGUUAAUAUUGUCUUUAACCAAGAUCUUUCCUCCCUUUUUUUGACAUCCAUGGUUUUUGAAUAAGGUUUUUCUGGCCCCCGUGGAGAUCCAGGACUUCCUGGCAGGAAAGGCUCAGAUGGAACCUCUGGUUUUCCUGGUGUAACUGGUAGACAGGGACCACAGGGUGAGAAAGGGGUUCAUGGGGAGGUUAUAGGAGCAUCAUCAGGACCCCCUGGAGACCCCGGGCCGCCUGGACUACAAGGAAAAAGAGGCGAGGCUGGUAAUCGGGGAGAGCCUGGCUAUGACGGUAAGUCGAAUCUUCAUUUCAGCCCCUAACUAAUGUUGUGUUUAUUUUACCUGUUUGCCACUCCGUCUUUUUCCACUGGUGGUGUUCAUCUUAGAAUAGCCAAAGAUAAAGAAUCAAAGUCCUGUCAUCUUAUUCACCCCCUAGGAAUGGUUGGCAUGCCUGGUAUGAUUGGUUUCAAGGGUCAGGGUGGACCUGCUGGCCUGCAGGGGGAGGAAGGGAGACCUGGGCCUGCCGGCAAAUAUGGCUACCCUGGGGAUUCUGGUAGAGCAGGUCCUCCUGGGCCACGUGGUAACACUGGACAACCAGGUUAGACAUACAUAAAAAACAAAACAGUACCUGGGGCAGAAAUGUCCUUCAAUGUCUGUCAUCCCUCAUGAAUUCAUACAUGACUUCCUUCUUGCAAGGUUUCACUGGAGAGAGGGGAACUGAAGGAAAUUCAGGUCCUCCAGGGCCAGUGGGCUUGAAAGGGGUCCCAGGGUCCUUUGGUGAUAUUGGUGUCAUUGGGGAAACUGGCCCAACAGGCAACCCAGGACAGCCUGGUAGAGACGGACAGUUUGGACUCACGGGAAUGAAGGGUUUGUUUUUAUUUAAUUUUUAUGGAUCAAAAUUAAACACUAGAAGAUGCAAACAUUGUUGUUUUCCAUGAUUCCGGCUGUUUUAGUUUGUCUGUGACUUCUGAUGGUUUAUUUCUGUUCCAGGUUACAAAGGGUCUACAGGCAUGUCAGGUUUUGUGGGGAAACAAGGUGAUCCAGGAGUGAGCGGCUUCAGUGGAGUGAAGGGAGAACAUGGAUUGAUGGGCAACAUUGGCCCAAAAGGACUGAAGGGUCUAAAUGGAGAGAAGGGUGGGUCUGGUUAAACCCUAGCUGCUCUUCUGUUUGUUAUUAGGCCACCACAUCAUCUCAUUGACUCACCGUUUAACAAUAAUGCCAACUGUUUGCUAGGUGAUCGUGGCUUGAGAGGACCACCUGGGGAGAAGCCCAAAAUUGAGCACAAGAUGAAGGACGAAAUGAAGGGAGCGAAGGGAGACCAUGGAUCCCAAGGACAUCAAGGUUUCCCCGGACCAAGAGGUUUGUAAAUAGUCACCCUUUCACACCCACCUCCUCUGUCUUCCCACGCUUCACUUCUAUACAUACUUAUCUUUCUAUAGGCACCAAGGGUCUCAGUGGUGUACCUGGGUCGGAGGGAACUCAUGGUUUUCCUGGAGACCCCAGCAAUGAAAAAGGCCACUCUGGAGAUCCAGGUGCACAGGGGCUGCCCGGUUUGAAAGGAAUGCCAGGACUGAUAGGAAAUCGAGGAAUCGAUGGUUUCCAGGGAAUGUCAGGUGGCAAGGUAAAGACCUAUCCAAACUGAGAUGAUACGAAGACCACUAGAUAUUCAAACUCAACAAAACCAGAGUCAUGGUAGAAUUUCCUACUUUGUAUCUAGGUAUAGCGCCUGUUUUUAAUAUCUAUAUGAUUGACGGACUGCUUGUAAAUGAAAGAGAUUGUUUACCCUGUUUGGUAUAAUUUAAAGUCUCAGCAAGUCUUAGUUCAGUUCUUUGUUGUUGAUUCUCUGCCUCAAGUUUCAGUCUUUUGCUUUACUCAUACGCAGCAUUGCUUCCAGGUGCAAAAAGUAGCUUUUAAUGGUUUACCAUAUAUUGUAUAUAUCAUUGUCUCAGCAACAGUGGAGCCUUUAGCAACUACAGGAGUUGUUAGAGACCAAAAUAGCAAAAACCAAGACAAAUCUGGAUUUACUGCUCAGCUGUUGCACUCACUCUUUCCUUUUUUUGUCAGCCAAAUUUAAAGUUUCAAUCAUGCAUAUUGAUUUUUAAAUCAGGGCUACAAUGAAGGGCAAUACAAGCCACAAGUUGUAGAAGUUUGAUGGCUUUAUCUUUUAUUAAUCUGUUUCUUUUCAGGGGACUAAAGGGAGUCCUGGUGCUUAUGGCGCUACAGGAGAAAAGGGAAGGAGAGGACCCAAAGGUAAGCGCUUAAUACCAACCAAUAUACAGUAUGUAUACCGUAUUUUCCUGACUAUAAGCCGCUACUUUUUUCCCACACUUCGAACUAUGCGGCUUAUAAUGUGGUGCGUCUUUUCUGUGGAUUUUUCUUCACCCGCCAGGUGGGCGCUUUAGUAUAAAGUGAAAAAAACGAGACAGGUGAAAGUCAAUUUUUAACAUAAAAGAAGAAAGUGCUAAUUUUAAUUUAGCACAUGCAAGCAGAAUCGAGCGUUUAAAGCAGCACUCCACGGUGAAUGGGAGACUUGGAUGACGAGUGGCGAUAAAUCCGACACAAACACUGGCCGCAUGCGAAGAGCAUCAUUUUCUGAUGUCUGUCAGUGGAUCCUAGCUGCGUGGAGCAGCGUGAAGGAAUCUACCAUCACCAAUAGGUUCCGAAAGGCUGGACUGUUGCGUGAAGAGGACACUUCAGCUUCAGAGUCAGCUUCACCCCGGGAUGAUGACAGUGACACGGAGAGCAACACUGACAUCGCCACAGAAAAGGCAUGUGACGAAGCUCUCCUGAGGCUGUUCAACUCCGACACUGAAGAAGAGGACUUAGAUAGUUUCAGUGCGCAGGAGGACGAUGGAUAAAGCGAUCAAUAACUCUUCUGUUUUAUUUGAUAAGCACUUUUAUGCUUUGGGCACCGUUCGGAAACUGAUCAGUUCAGUUAUGUUCAGUUAAACUAAAUAUUCAGUUCAGUAGAUAACCGCGGCUUUUAGGCCGGUGCGGCUUAUAUAAGUACAUUUCCAAUUUUUUUUUUAAACUUUGUGGGUGCGGCUUAUAUUGAGGUGCGCUCUAUAGUCAGGAAAAUACGGUACAUAAGAACACAGAUAUGUUGAUAUAUGCUGAUUGUCGUUAUAGGUGAGCAUGGCCCUCGGAUAGACCUUCCAGGAACCCCCGGGUAUCGAGGAGAGUCUGGUGUCACAGGAGAGCCAGGUACAAAGUGUGCCUUUUAUAGUUUUUGUUUCUCUCCUUUUGUGUUGAUCAGCAUUGUUUAACAAACUGAGCCUGUUUUUCCUCUAAUGUUAGAUUAUUAAUUCUUACUUUACAGGCCAGGAUGGAUUUAUUGGAGCAACUGGUGACAGAGGUUCAUCUGGUUUUGAUGGUAUUCAAGGUAAAAAGGGAGGGCCAGGUGAACCAGGAAUAUUUGGAUCCCAAGGUAAAAAUCACUUCUAAAUUCCACUGUAUAUGUUUCAUAUUUUUUCAAAUAUAAAAUUAGCAAAAAUUACAUCUUUACUGUUCUUAUUUGACAUUUUCUACUUCCACAGGCCGAGAUGGUCAAAAGGGAACUCCUGGUAACCAAGGACAAAAAGGGUUUUCUGGACCAGCUGGGAAAGAUGGACAAUCAGGCUUUCCGGGGUUCCCAGGAAACAGAGGUACAUCAUCAAGCCAAGUUUUACUCCAUACUGGUUAUCCACCAUAUUCUUCCAGCUGACCUUUGAAAAUGUGUGCAGGUUUCCCUGGCCCAAAGGGUCUUUAUGGAUUACAUGGACUGAAAGGACAAAAGGGUGCUUCUGGAACUCCAGGUAUGGCAAUCUUUAAGUAUCAAGAUUUUGUGCAGUUAGGAUGGUUUAAGACAUCAAGUGGUGGUAGAGAAAACGUGUGCCUGUUCUCUGUUGUAUUAAGACCUCAAGAUUAAUGGUCUGUUUGUAUCUGCACCAGGUCUGGAUAUCGUUGGACCAGCUGGUGAAACUGGAAUGAAAGGAGAGACAGGAGAAAGUGGUGACCCCAAUAACCAACCAGGUGUCCCUGGCACAAAUGGCUUGAAAGGUUUCCAGGGCCCCCAAGGUUUGCAAUUACUCUACUGUGCUUAUAUGGCAUGAGCUGGCCAUCUAAGUGCUGUGAAUGAAAGAAGAGGGGAUGCCUAGAAACUGUGUAUGCAUGUUUAGGUUUAUAAGUAUUGUAAGAUUUGAAAUAAUGCCGUGUUUAAUCCUUUCAGGUGACUAUGGUCAGCCUGGAUUCCCGGGAUUCCGUGGCCCUGUAGGAUCAAAUGGCACCGGAGAUAGACCAGGACCCAUUGGAGACCAUGGUUUUCCGGGGCCUAAAGGAUUCCAAGGUGAGAUGAUACAGUGUAAGCAAAGAAAACUAGGAUAAAGGGAAAAAACUCACCUAUUUUCUGCUUAUGAAGAUUUCAAAAACAUUGUCAGGAUCAUUUUAAACCUGAUUGUGCAGGUUGUAAUUAUGACUUUAUGUUUGUUACUUGGUUUCUUUUGAUACUUGGAGCUUGUUAUGUUCAUGUUUUACUGGAUACUGAUGUAGACAUGACAUUUAGUUUUUGGGAAUUCCUCUUUGCCCCUGUGCAAAAAAUAUAUAAUAGUGUUUUGUUGAACUGAUCUGUUUCUCAGGAUUCCCUGGACCCAGAGGAGUCCCUGGUGGGGAUGGUUUCUCUGGAGAAAAAGGUUUACCUGGGUCAGGUGGGUUCCCUGGAUUCCCUGGUCAGAAAGGAUACAAAGGAAAUCAAGGUCCAUUUGGAUUCAAGGGGUCACACGGAGUGUCUGGGAAGAAAGGUGAGUGGGUUUUGUGUGAAAUUAUGUGAUUACCUCAAAGCUGUAACUUGUGCUGUAAGAGAAAUAUUGACAGGUCAUUUGGGAGUAAUACCAACAUAUUAUAUUAUUAUAAUACUUUGGCAAGUUUGGAGCACCCAUGCAUUUUGAUAUUUUAACACUGAACCAUCGCAGCUGUGAUGUUGAGACUUCUAUUUACAGGCAUAUAAACAUACAGCUUGUGAAACGAAUCAGCCUAAAUGUACUGAGAUGCAAACUUUAUGCGAAGAAUAGCAUGAGCUCAGAGAGGAAAGAUAUCUCCAAAUAAGUUUGUUUCUUUGUUUGUUUCUUCAAUGAACAGACAGAGAAGUUGUUUUGUUUCCACUUUCACUGAGUUUUGUCACUGGUGAUCAUCGUCAAACUUUGUCGGGUCUCUAAGAUCUUCUGUCAUGCUACGUUCAAUUCUCAGGCUUUUGAUAUUUUCACUUUCAGGAGGGAAAGGGGAGCAAGGAUUGAUGGGCGUUCCCGGUCAGAUGGGUUUCAAAGGAGAAAGAGGGGCACCUGGUCUGAAAGGAAACACCGGACUUCCAGGUUGGUUUUACACUUUCUCUUCAUAUCGAAGUCGUGCUUUUGUGUUCAUAUUCUCGGUCACUACAUGAUCUUUCUGUGCUGCAGGUUAUCCAGGGCCUCCAGGUAACCAGGGUCCUCUACCAAUACCCAUCAGUUAUCCUGGAGACAGGGGCCCUCCAGGACCUCAUGGUAUCCAUGGACCACAGGGGAUACAAGGUGAACCAGGGCCACAGGGCCCCCCUGGGGAUAGUGGUAAGUUAAUUUUAUAAAAUAAAUAUAUUUAGUAUAGAUACAGAAAAGUGUUUUUUUAGCAACAUGUCUUCAUCCUCUCACUGUCACUCUCACAGGUUUCAUGGGACCAAUUGGUCACAAAGGCAUGCCUGGGAUUGGUGGUCUACCAGGAACACCCGGGUUUCGUGGAGAGGUCGGACAACUAGGCCACCCUGGUCUGCAAGGAACGGAAGGUGUGUCUGACACUGUGGGCAAGUUAGGAUUAACCUAAUAAUCCUGGAUUACAGGAUUUAAAGUAGGCGGGGGUGUAGGAGGGAGUCAGUUACAAAGAGGUCUUUAAUAGUUGUUUUUGUAAAAUGUAUUUAAUGAAUUGACAAAGACUGGAAAACUGAUCCAGAAACCAAAAAAUCCUCAAGGUUUAUUAGUAUUAUUAUGUAAUAAUCUUAUCAGAGCAGAUGUAAGUGUUUGUGAGAUUUAUGCAAUAUUAUAUCACUGUUUAAUUAGAUUAGUAAACAGUGAUGUGUAUAUUCAGAUGUAGUUUUUCUUGACUGUAAACACUGCUCUUAAAUCCUUGUUUCUCAAUAGGUCGCCGUGGCAACCCUGGUAUCCCAGGGUUACCUGGUAUGCCAGGUCGCAGUGUCAGCGUGGGAUACUUGUUGGUGAAGCACAGUCAAUCAGAGCAGACACCCAUGUGUCCUGUUGGCAUGUCGAAACUAUGGGAUGGUUACAGUCUGCUUUACCUGGAGGGACAAGAAAAGGCUCACAAUCAGGACCUGGGUAUGUCAGGAUGAACAUGAACAUUGUAAUACAUUAAUGGGGUUAUUUUAUUGGUAAUAAAAAUCUCAAAACCAAUUUAAUAUUUAAUACAAAUAGGAUUUCAAACAAAUGAUCAGUGAAGUUUCCUGUCAAAUGCCAGAGUGAGUUUAACUCAGAGCAGCUCAGACAGGAUGCAUCAAUGGUCAGGAAAACAUUCCCACAUUGAAUCUCUCUGACAUUGUGAUCCAGUGAACCAGAAGACAUUCCAAAGAGAUUCAGCUCAUCAGUCUGAUUCAGGGCCAGACAGCGAGCCUGUAACCAAACAUUUAAAUAUGAUUCAAUAUAAAUAACAGAGAAAACGAGGGCACUUUAAAAAUGAUUUACUGCUUUUAUUGUUACAUUCUAUCUCUUAAUUGUAUUCUAAUGUUUAUUUCUUUACUUUUUUGCCUUUAUUUGGAGAGGACAGCGCAGGAAAUGGGAAAUGAUAUGUUGGAAAGUAGCCACAGGCCAAAGGUGAAUUCAGGCCAGCAUCUGCACUUGGGAUGCUCCAGCUGCGCUCCAUUGAUUUUUUUAUUUAAAGCUCCUGUGAGGAGUUUUGAUUUGGUAAUCAAAUAGAUUGAAACAAAAAGUGAAACAUCUCUAUGAUGUAAAAAAGCAAAUAAGCCCAUUAGUAAACAGAUGAAACAUUUCUAUAGUAUUAUUUUUAAUGCCUGUAACUGUUGUAAGGGGCUAGCUCCAAUGAAAAAACUGCCUUUGUUACUCAUUCUGCAGCAAAUAUUCACAGCGUUUCAUUUCACCUCUAAACGACAGCAGAGGAGAGAUUUUUUAUUUUGUCAAUUUACACCAAAAUCAACACAGAAAGUUGCUCACAGGAGCUUUAAACUAUUCAAUAGCAAUGUUUUGCCUUUUUGAAGUACAAUCUGGUUAUUUGUCCUGUUCAGGUCUCGCUGGCUCUUGCCUCCCACGCUUCAACACCAUGCCUUUCCUGUACUGCAACCCCGGAGACGUCUGUUACUAUGCCAGCAGAAACGAUAAGUCUUUCUGGUUAUCGACCACGGCUCCUCUUCCCAUGAUGCCUGUAGAAGAAGCGGAGAUCAAACCUUACAUCAGUCGCUGCUCAGUGUGUGAAGCUCCAUCAGUUGCCAUCGCAGUCCACAGCCAGGACGUCACCAUCCCACAGUGUCCUGCAGGCUGGCGCAGUCUGUGGAUCGGCUACUCCUUCCUUAUGGUACCUUUUUUUUUUUCAAACAAAUACGUCUGAAUGAAAAAUUCAUCUAUGUGGUUCCAUGUGAUGAUGCUUUGUUUUCUCUCACCUUCACUCUGCUAACCUCUCCUCUAUCCCCACAGCACACAGCAGCAGGAAGCGAAGGCGGAGGUCAGUCUUUGUCGUCGCCAGGUUCCUGCCUGGAAGACUUCCGCACAACGCCAUUCAUUGAGUGUAACGGGGCCAAAGGCACUUGCCACUACUUCGCUAACGAGCACAGCUUCUGGCUAACCUCUGUCGAUCAGUCGUUCCACACUGAUCCAUCGUCAGAGACACUCAAAGCAGGACAGCUCCUGUCACGUAUCAGCCGCUGCCAAGUCUGCAUGAAGAACCUUUAACAAAAAAAAACUCCCCAUUUAUGUGGGUGGAAAGAAAUCUAACUUUGGCGGUGGUUUGGUGUUGUCUCUCAAUCCAGGUAAUAACAUUACUGUAAAUGAGAAACUGUCCUCCAAAUACACAGAGCUCAGAAAUGAAAAGACCGGGCUCUAUUUUCGUCCCCACCGGCGGCGCGGCGUAGGGUGGCGCAUCCCGCACAGUGGUAUUUUCGUCUCAUCUAGUGCAACCUAGUCUAGGCGUUCUUAUUUGAGAGAGUUUAGGGGAUACCCUGCAGCACUUAGAGCAACACUCCUUGAGGGGCUGCCUCCUGCCGCCAGCUUGUGCUGUCUUCAGUCAUCUCUUCAACUACUUCACAAAAUUUGCAAUAUGCCUCACUGGUGGCGGAUUUAAAGAUGAGGAGAGGAGCUGAUGUGAUUGGUGAAAACAGGACUCGGCUGUGUUAAACCCACUCCAUGCCCUAUCCCCUCCCUCUUUCCUACUUACACUGCUGGGAGGAGCUGAGUUAGGGAGAGGGGAUACUUACGCCGGGCUGCUCACUAAAAUACCAAUGUGUGCUUGGGCACGCCUCAUCGGCGCGGCGGACCUGACUUAGGCUGUGCCUACGCCACACCGCCAGCAAGGCACGAAAAUAGAGCCCUGUGUAACAUGAUGAGCCUAAAUCAAUCAAUCAAUAUAUCAAUCAAUCAGACUUUAUUUAUAAAACGCUUUUCCCACAAAGAGUGUAACCAAAGUGCUUUACAGUUAAUUUAAAACAAAAAACUAUCCCAGAUGCUAUUCCCCUGGAUACACACACACACACAGACACACACAGACACUGAUAAACACACACGCCAACACUCCUGCACACUAAGAUGGUGGACAUGAGACUGAGUACAGAUCAAUGAACCCGAGGAGAUGAUUAUUUUUGUAGUAUUUUUGAGAUGUGGAUUGGUGCUUACUGUUUAACUUAUUACCUCAGCUAUUAUGAUACACGUAUGAUUAACAAUCAGAGACCGUCAAAUACAGCUGAACCAAAGACGCCUUAUAUAUGCACUGCUUCAGUUCUUCUAGUUCUGCUUCUGUUUGUAUUGUUUGGGGUAUCCUGCCCAAAAUAGAGCCACUAACACUGCUUCAUUAGCAAUAUUUUCAAUACGUUUUGGCUGAUUUUAUUGACAGUAUUAUCUGCAUUUUAUUUCAUGACUCUUUACAGACCUUUUUUGAUUAUAUAACAGUCUUUUCUGUUUCCAUGCUUUUAUCUGUUUGAAAAAAUAUCCACAACUUUGUUUCAUACUCUCCGUGAUCACACAAUGCACUGAUUCUUUUUAUAUUUAUGUCAGCUGAAUAAACUUGACCCCCCCCUCCCUCCUGAGGAGCUUAGAUAUAAACUUCAUCAUAUCUAAUCUCCUGAUGACGCACUCACUUGCCUUUCCAAAUGUACUAAUGUCUGAACUUGCAGCGGGACAGAAUGUAAACAGCUCGGAUCAAAGGUCUCACUGUAUCAAACCCCUGUUCUGGUAACUGAUCUCAGGUCAGAUUACACUCUUUUUUUUUCCACACAGUUUAGAAAGUAGGUCAAAUGUUCUGCUACAUUCCCUUUUUUAGAAAUAAACAGUGAUUGGACUGCAAACCCGCUGACAUUUGUUUAGCUUGUAAUAUAAUGACAGUAAUUUUAUGAUCAUUACAUUGGUUUGUAUAGAUUAAAUGUUUACUUCUUACUGUGUUUGUCCGCUUUAUUGAACUCUCCCUGUCUUAUAUUAAUCUGACAGACCAAACAGGCAAAAUAAAAAUCUUUAUUAUAACAGCAUACUUACAAAAUUCAUCAAGGGGAUUUCAUAUUUACAAUCAUUGAAAAGCUGCAUAUAUUUUAAUGAAAUGUGAACAAGGCUUUGAAGCAUAAAAGGAAACAAAAGCGUGAUUUAUUAAACUUUAUAGAACAAACAGAGCAAAAUCAGUCCACUGCUUCACUGACCCCUAACAGUUAGUGCUGUUAAAAUUUGUGGUUCUAGUUCUGAAACUCAGAUAACAGUGUUUGACUUUUUUUGUGUGUGUGUUAGUUUGAUUUCGUGGAAACCCCUUCAGGAGGUAAGUGCAGCUUCAGUCAUCAUGGUGAAAUGUUUCUACUACCUUGUGAACACAUUUGUCUCCCUUCCUCACAAAGAAAUACUUGAAAUGUCACUGGAAUAAAUAUAAAGCUAGUUGCUUAUUCUGGUUGUUCUCACAGGAUCAAGAAUGUGUGUUUGUGUUUAGAGCAUGCAGUCAGAGGUUACUGAUGCUGCUGGGUCUCAGAGCACACGAGUAGUACCAUCACAGUAUGUAUUUGGUGUAGAUCAUCCUCAUUAAAACACCAGUCUUUGCUUGUGUUCACUUUCCUGAAAGAUCCUAGCAGCAGCUGGAUUUGGCCCGCUUGUUACUGCUUCCUCUGCACUCCUCCAGGUCCACCGUGGGAGACUCUUGGUUCUCGUUUCUCUGCCUCAGGAUUGAAGGCAGCACCAGGUCAAACAGAGCCUCAAACAGAGAGUCUACGUUGUAGCCCGUCUUGGCGCUCGUCUCGAAGCACAUCUUCUCUGCAGGCUGGCUGCUGGUUUCAUCCAGACCUUUAUAGCGCAGUAUCCUCCCGUAAAGAGCCGCUGCAUCCUCGGGCGUGACUUGUUUUUGCAGCAUCACUCCAGAGAGGGAUGCAGGGGAGGUAGGAGGUGUGGGGAGCUGUGGUUCUGUCCUCAUGUCUUCACUAUCAGUUCUGUCCUCAGAUGCCACAUCUGAGUCCUGGGACUGAUGGGCUUUAGGGUCAGUGAGAUCCACUUUAUUGCCCACUAAGGCAUAGAUACAGUCAUGGUUAGCGGUGUCGGUCAGGGACAGGAAGCGCUCCUCCAGUUCAGAGAGGCUCUGCCAGUUGGUGACAUCGUAAGUGAGGAUGAUAGCAGCCGCCCCUCGACAGUACAUGGAGCCCAAACCGUGGAACUGUUCACGACCUGAGGAGACACACACACACAUCAACAGAGUCCUCAACUCCUACACACACACUGAGCAGCCAAUACACACAGUUUGAACAAAAAAAAGGACACAAAGUACAAAGAGAAGUUGUGCAAGACAGUCAGCAGUUUGGAAACAGAACCAAGCCUUGUUGUUGAAAUCUGCAGGAGUCUUGAAGGAGAGCAUUGUCUCAGUAUUUGGCCUCUUGGUGCAUCAAAUUGAUCAUGCAUAGUUUUUUCCUCUUUAUGUCAAUCUUUUAUUUGAUAAACUGUAUUAAUCCUCGUUUUCCAAACUGGUUAAUAAUCCGAUUUUGUCAAAACAGAUUAAGAGAGCCUUUGACACAAUUUAGGGACUAUUCUGAAGGCUAUUUUGUCCAUUUCAUUUUGCCAUAUUCCACCAAAGUACACGUGUGAAGCUCUCUACUGAGUGAAAACUCUUACCAAAUUACACAUUUCAAGAGGCAUUUAAAGCUAAAAAAGUUCUAAAAGAUAACUUCUGCAAACUGUUUUACCUUCAAUAUGGAAAAUAUGUGUUUAAAGUACCUGUAGUUGCAGCCAAAUGUUAUUUUAUUAUAAAAGAAUCAGCUGUUCUUUUCUCAAUUUGAUUUUUUUGUUAAAAAGCGCAAUUUAACCAUCAUUUUAGAGUCAAAAGAUUGCCCAUUUAUAAUUUGAUAUGAUUUUAAAAAGCAACAAAUCUACACAUUUGUAUCCCUGGCACAAGACUAUAUUUUGUAUUUUAUGCUUGAUCUAUCCUUGGAAGCAAAUAGAUAAAUCAUAAUUAGCUAAAGGUCAGAUCUGGAAAAUUAGUUUUUCUUCAUGGUGUGUCUCAGUCUUUGCGCUUCCAAAAAUAGGACCGUUUUGUAAAGACAUGUUAAGAAAAAUAAAGAAGAGUCAAGUCUUCCUGUCACGGUCCUGUCAUGUGACUAUUAAGAGGAACAGAGCAGACAGCCAAAACACCCUCACUGUGCUCUUCAGAUAAACGGUUAAAGUAAAGAGAGCACCAUUCAUCAGAAAAUAAGCAGCAGUUUCUUUAUGUGCCGAGCCAAACAUCCAACAGGUUUCAGGACUCCCCUUCAAACUGAUCCUCUUCAAAAGCUUUAUGAUCCGUGCCGUUAGGUCUCGGCAACACUCAAUGACUCAGCGCUGAUCCAGCAAUUCUCUCCCUCUGACUGAACAACAUGAGGGCCGCAGUCAGGGGUCAGGGGGGUUGAGAGCGCUGAAAGGAAAUGUCUCAGUGCUGAUAUGAACGCUCUUUUCUCCGCUUAUCUCUCUGUGGGUGAGCAGCUUUACUUUUGUGAUGUGUGUUUUGCGUCAAAGGUUUUACUGUAACUCCAGUUUACACAACAAUGGAGUGUGAGGCACUUAUGAGCCUAGAUGAAUCACACAUGAUCCCUGCCUCUGCCAAACUAGGUUGUUUCUGAGAACCUUUUAUGAAGCCGUCAGGGCUCUUUUGACAGGCAUGAGUUAAUAAAUGUUAAAGGUUACAUUAAAAAAGUGCUGUUUCUGGUAAUAAAAAAAGAUUAAUGCAGAUCAACGAUAUCCUUCAAAGUACUUUUGACAUUUAAUCUGUAAAAACAACUCCUUAAUUUCACUUUUUAAUCCAACAGGUUAAACCAGCACUUUUUAAAUUUCUAAGUAGAAUCUAAACUUUUGAUUUAAGCUGAUUAGUCUGAUUGUUAUCGUUUGUUUACUACAGAUCUUAAACACUGUUCGCUUUAAUUCAAACCAAGUAGAUCUUAUAAGUGAAUUAACUUUUUACCUGGUUGAGAAAACUCCUGACAUUUGCUUUUUAAGUUGAAUGAACUUAACUAAAUUAGUGGCAACACAGCAGCUUGUGACACAAAUUGCAGCCUACAGUUCAGACAGUAUUGUUAAUCAAAGACAAAUUUAAAGUGCAUUUCAAAAGUAUUUUUCUAUCUACCAUGUAUUACCUAAGCGACAGCAUACAUACAUUUACUUCUCUACAUUCCUAGUUGUGUUGAGUCAAUGAUUUUUUGAUAAGGACAGUAAACUUUAAACUAUCAGUUUUUCCAGGGUGGUUAUUUCUGAGAACUCACAAUCUAAUAGCUACUCAGAAAUUUACAAAAAAGGCUCACGCGCUCUGUAUAAUAAAGUGUAACUGUAGUACAAAGACAAGUGACUUUGACCGGGUCAUGUUAGUCCAGUAUUGAGUAAUGUAGUUUGAGACAAAGAACCAUUACUGUUACAUCUGAGUCAUUAAGAAAGCUGGAAACUGAAGGAAGCAGGCUCUGUUGAGUGGAAGUACAACUUAAUAAUGAAAUGUACUCACAUCAUUACAAUUUAUCAAAGAUUAAUGAUAAAUGGACACUUGUUGCUCAUGAAUUGUUCUAACUUUUAAGACAAUUAAAGCUCCUGAGGACUUUUUAUCAGGUAACAACACAGACAGAAAUAGUGAUGGUUCUCAGUGACCUACAAAAGCAAACUAGAUCAUACUACUAGAGCAAAUUACUGAUGAAUUCUGUGCUGUGGUUUUUAAUGAUGUAACACUUAUAAGGCGAAAAGUGUCAGACCAGAUAAAUGACAAGAUGGUGAAAAGCUAGUCUUAUUUUUUUCAGUAUCAAAUAUUCACCAGGAGUGAACUGUUAACUGUUAAAAGAAUAUGACUUGUGUUAAAAAUGGUGUCUCUUAUUCUCCUUCAGCAGUGGAUAAGAGGUACUAUUUCAUUCCAAGUGGGUGCCAAAAUAAACACAAACAAAAAGUUCCUUACAGGAGCUUUAAAUUAAUUUAAUGCCUGUGAUUACAGGCUUUUCAUUUGCAUAUUUGUUCUUAUAAAAUUCUUAUUAAAAUAAUAAUGAGCAGUUUCUAGACCCCUUCUAUUGUGUAUCAGUGUAUAAAAUUCAGAGAUUAAUUUUGAAGUUGUUUAAAGUUGUUUUUGGUAAUCACAGAGGUAAGUGGGAUUAUCCUGAUUUAUCCUGCUUUAACCUGAGGUGUUUUGAUUCUGUGAGUCCCAAAAAGUCAUGCUAUGCUUGUUUUGUCCAAGGGAUUAUGAACCUAUCAUUUUUAUCAGUGGGAAUCAACAAUAACAGACAAAGUGGCAGGCAGACAGGCUUAAUGUCCUGACUGAGCGGUCACAUGCCUGUGAUUGCCUCAGGUGGUGGGUUCACGGGUUGUCAGGUAAACACAGUUGGGACAAGAGAGGGGUGAGACUUGAUAGGGGUUCAAGACAAACAGUAUGUUAAGAAGUCACAUAAGGGAAGUAUUACCAGCUGUGUCCCAUAUAGAGAUGUUGUACGGUCCCCACUGUUUGAGGAAAAAAGCCCCUCCGACAGUGCUGAUGGUGUCUUUGAACUUCCUCUCCGUGUACCUGUGGAGCAGCGACGUCUUCCCCACAUUCAUGUCACCCAGGAGAACCACCUUGACGUCGGGCUUCUUCAUCUUCGACAGUUCAGGCAUGAUCCCGGGUCGGGUCCCACAACAGGGGAGCUUUCUCAGGACAGGAAACGCGGUUUAGCUUGUGAGAUAAACCCCGGACUGGUCGCAAAUCCCUCUGACAAACGCCAUUUUCAGAACCCAGAGUUAAUUUGUGACGAUCCGUCCGCGCUCGAUCAUCCUCAAUCUGGUGCCCGAGUCGAAACUUCGAAAAGU